AUUGCACGUUUGGGAAUAAUGUUUAAUUUGGGUGCAAAAACGAAUAAGCGAAAUAUCAAACAGUCUUACAAUUUAAAAAAAAGUCAUUUAGACAUUAACAACAAUAAAAGGGAUUUUUUUUUUCUGUUCGUAUGUCGUUCGUUUGUUUGUUCUUUUACUUUUAAGUUUAACAAAUAUAUAAGUAAAGAAAUAACACAAUUGAAACAAGCAUAUUAUUUUUUUUUUAUGGAAAUAGAUUAUAAUUAAAACUGUAAAAGUGGGUUACAAAUAGUGUUGUGUCAUUCGAGAACGAUUUAUUCAAAAGAACUGUAUCUUUUAAGUGAACGUACUGAACCAAAUCACUUCCUCGAGUGAUUCGUUCAUUUCUCACUUCAGUCGAGCUGAAGUGAGAAACAGCGUUGCCAGGCCAGCAGCCGGCGAACGAGGAACCACAUGCACCGACGCCUGAAUCACUUGGUGAACGAAUCAUGCAUAGAACUACACUCUCUGGAAUCAUUUUUGUUGGACAAAAUGAUCGUUUUCCUACUUGAUUGCCACCACAACAACUUGCAUAAAACAGGACCCAGCAUGUAACAAAUAGUGUAUUAAACCCGCAACAUCCUAUCAUUGCAGCGGUUUGCGAGGGAACGGUGCAUGUUCAGUGUGAAUCUAAACAUUCAGUGAACAAAUCACUCAAUGAGCCCAAUUUACCAAGCAGACCUGAUAAAUGGCAUACAAAUGGACAGUACACUUAAAACAUCAUGACCUUUGCCAAAGCAACACAGCCAAACACUCUUGUCUCCCAGUCCGAUAAACUAUGAAUAGAACUGAAUCCUGAAAUGUUCAGCUGUGUAUCAGUUAAGGAGGUAGGAGUCGCCAAGCGUUAAGUGAUUCUGUGAUUUGGUGAAAGAAUCUUUUGAACAAAUCUUUUUAGUGAACUGAUUCUAGUGAUUCAGUACAUCUAAAAGAACUGCCAUGCCCAUCACUAGUUACAAAGCUAGGGAUAGCAAUAUUAAAGAUUAUUUACACGGAAGCUUGAAAAUGAACAAACAAAUUCAGACAAAUUUCCUCUGAGCCACAACAUAGUAGAGGCUGAAUUACUCUGGAUUGUUAAACUGUGUGUAGAAACUUCUAGAGUCAGCAGUGUAAAAAAGGACAACUCUUUCCCCAUCUUCUACUGCAGACAUUAGCAUCUGCAUGUUUAGUAUACAGGAGUCUGGUUGUCUCGCAUGCUAAUUAUCACACCCCCCUUCUUCACCUAUCACCAAUCUCGGAUAUCCCUGUCAAUCAUGCCCCCACCUCCCUGCUCAGAGUGAAGAAGCCAGUUUGGACAAGUUUCUUAGUAACACUCUCCGUCAUCUCAUCAGCAUCAUGACGGCUAUAGUAUCUCUCUGUCAGUAUAAUCCCUUCACCUGAGCGUCCAGAAGACUGUAAGUAGUUCUGUUAUCACAUGUUUAAUAAUUCAUUAGGUAUGUAAUUCACUACUACCGAUAAUUACACUGCAACUCACAGAUUUAUAAUGUCAGUCGGAUUUCUGCUAUCCUCAUAAACUGUCCAAUCAAAAAUGUUAUAUUUUUGCAAUAUCCUCAGUUUUCUCCAGAUGCACCAUGCGUCAAUAUUCGUAAUGUUAACUGUUGUUUUAGACUGUGGUGUGUGUGUGUGUGUGUGUGUGUGUGUGUGUGUGUGUGUGUGUGUUUAUAAGUCUCAUACUGUGGCAAAACAGCUACGUCGCUUUGCACUUUACUGCCAUGAGACAGACACAAGAGGGACAAGCUAAAUGUACUGCAUAUAUUGUAAAUAGUUUUUCACUUUUUCCCUCCCGCUCAAUUUCAUUGGAGACACUUUGAUUCAGCAGCGGUACGCCAUUGCUCACGGGUAGGAAGGGCACAGUCAAUCCACAGCUCCCCAGGGAAAAAAUGUUCGCCCGAACAGGGACUUGAACCCUGGACCCUCAGAUUAAAAGUCUGAUGCUCUACCGACUGAGCUAUCCGGGCUCUUGAACAGUGCCUCACAGUGGUACUUAUUGAGCAUUACAAUAUUUCUUUUCCAACCGAUAGCGGUAUGGAGUUAUAAGGAAGCCAGGAAGCUUUGCAAACACAAGUGAGGUAUUGUAAACAUAAACAUGAAUCGCUCAAUGCCGAAUGGACAGGUGCAGCACUGUACUGUCUGUCUGUCUGCUGCUGCUGUACCUGUCCUCUAAUGUUCAUACCCAGACCCGGGCCACCCACUUUUUGUGCCACCCCUGUUGUUUAUCACUGAGGGCUCCUGAGGGGCCACAGGGCCCUAGCAGGUGCAUAGUUCGCUUAUGCCUUGGGCAGGCUCUGCUCAUACCGCUUCUAAAACAACCACGUGCAACAUAUUGUGCUGUCAUAACCUCAGAUGUUGCAUUGCCUCAACAAAUCAAGUGUCUUGACUCGAUGCACUGUUCCAGUAUGUUGUACCAUCUCAAUAAGUUAUGAGGUAUUAAGUUGACAGAAACAAUGUCUCUGCACUUCUCCUAAUAUGUGAAGGUUGAAAUCUGAGGUGUUCAAUGUGAGUUGCUUUAUUUUCUUGGGUUUUCUAAGUUCACAUGGGCUGUGCAAGCCACACAGGAUUAUACUACUACUUCUGCAACUGCUAAUAUCCAAAUGCUAAUUUUUGAGUAAAAUAGAAUUAUAAUUUGCUUGGAAUGAAAUAGCUAGUUAUAGGUAAUGUUUAUAGACUGCAUUCAGUUUUGGAGAUAAGAUUUUGAAAAGUGUAUCCAGGCCCCAGCGAGAUUUGAACUCGCGACCCCUGGUUUACAAGACCAGUGCUCUAACCCCUGAGCUAUGGAGCCGAAGACACUUACAGUGACGUCACAUUCACUAAUAAAGUGGUUUGUUUCUCCUGUUUUCAUAUGUAUCUAGUGUGAUUAUGUAUAUCAUAACCGAGUGUGAGUAUGUAACUCAUUCUGCCCAAACAGCUAACUGGGGUUCACGGUCUGCUCGUCGAAUGGAGCUAAAGCUAGUCGGUAGUGGAGAACGAGAAAACUUAGUGGAACCACAAAGUUGACUCACUACUCAUGGUAUUAUCAGCAGAAAUUUAUUUUACGUGAGUAAAUUAAGGAGGUGUAAAUGUACACAUACUUUGAGAACUUACGGACUGUGUGAAGUUUAAUGAUUUUUUUUUACACCAGACUGUCUAAAAGACAGAAACAUCUGCUGUUCCUAACUCAUCCAGCAGGCUGCAGCAGGUGGCUAAAGUAAGAGCCCUCCUGAGUAAUAAAGAUGAUUCCUGGACUUCGAAAUUAAAAUAAAUAUAAGUUAAUUUUGACACAUUUUGAACCAUUUUUAAAAUUGGGUGUAUGUUGUAUAAAAAGGAGCAAAGAACCAUAUUAUAUGACCCUAUCAUGUCACAGGCAGAUAUGACAAAAUAAGGAAUUUUACUGAAUCUAUAACAGCACCUGAUGAUGAGCGGAGUUCUUGGAGAUUAUUUUUAAAUGCCAAUGUGUUUUCCGCACAUUUAUCCAGUUAUCCCCAAAUUUUCUACAUUUACAUGCUUUACACACCUUUAUGGUGUUUCCCUUUUGUGUAUAACUCAUUCUUUCAUGUUAUCACAAGUGAAUGAAUAAAUUUCCCAUUAAAUGUCUCAAACUGAUUCCUGUGGUUUUUUUUGGUCUUCAAACAGCACAUUCGACAGGUAGAACCGGGGUUGUAUUUUGGGAGACCCCCCUGCUAUUGGUUGUUGUCCACCCUGGGGGUUUCUGGGCGUGGUGAGGGGGGUCCGCUGUCUCCUCAGUCCCCUCUUACUCCAAAAUCCAGUUUUUCCACUCAGAGGAGAAGAUGGACGCUAAAGGAUAGUACCAGGACCAACAUGGCAGACUUUAUUCUAACACAUCAUGGACCAAAUAUACCGUUUGCCUCCAUGUAAGACUUAAAAGAGGGAAAUAAAUUCCCCUGUUUCGUUUGUUGUUUUUUAAUUACAAAGAGAAAGACGAGGGAUUUUGCUUUCUGUGACCACUGGAGUUGAGGGAAGGAAAGAAAGAGCCAUGGUGGAGAGGAGAAGAAGAAAAGGAUAGUUUAAACUCAUGAAAACGAUCCUGGAUUUUCCUCCAAGUGUGCUGGACUAGGAGAGCGGACCCAACGUUCAUAGCAACAGGUGAAUAUUUCCUCCUUUUUUAUACAAUUUAAGUGCAUGUGGCCCAAAAAUGUCAAGUACUGUGUAAUUGGGACUAUAGUAACUUGUAGAAUAAAAAGAACGCUAUAGUUAUUAAAAUACAGACCGAGUAGUGAGUUCGGUAGCAACAAAACCUACACACAAGAGCAGCACCCUUGUCCUCCAACGCUUACCGGACCAUAUUUUAAUUGCAUUUGUCGCCAGUGUAAACUUGAUGGUGUUUUCACGGAAUCGAGACCAGUUGAACCUGUUCGGAAAUGACCCGGUGUUCUGCGGAGUUGUGCCUGCUUUUGAGAUUUGGAUACGCGGGGACGCGCACGUUCCAAAAGAAAGCCACAAAAUCGAGAUUUCGCUUGUAUUUGUAAAAGAUAAAAAAUGCAAAUUCAUGUACACUUGGAGGUUUCGAAGAGGAACUUGACAGGGAAAUGUCUUUCUUCAUUGCAAAAACGUAAUUCACAGUUUCUUCUCAUAUACUUUGAGGCAAACAGGAUUAAAGCAAAUUAUUUUGUCUGUUUUGAUAUAGGGAUUUCUAACAACAACAGCACAGGAGGGAAAUGAAACUGAUGUUAACUGUUAAUUUAGUGAGACCCAGAAAGUGGUACAUAGUUAAAUGUGGGUGUAUUCUGACUAGGGUGAUGUCCAUGAGAUUGAAAAGUACUUUUUUUAUCAGCUAUGUUGUCAAAAAAAAACAUGUUAAGGCAACCCAGACCAGUUGACACAUAUGUAUCAAGGGUUUCUGGAAAUAUCUGUGGAAAAUUGUGUUUUGAGCAAUGUUUUUGGGUUCACUUCUAGAGUAUUUGAACGUGAAUGAAAUACUAUUUUGCGUUCAGUCAUAUGUUUGUUUGUUUGUUUGUUUGUUUGUUUUUUGUGGUAACUAUGGUACGGAUUCCAAAGCCACCUUGCACAGAGGAGUUUUGCCAGGGAAGUCAUGAGCUAGGUACAUUCCGAUUGAGUUGUACGCGCUCCCGCGAGCUGCACGCCAUACUCGUCGGGUAGCACAACUCAGCGUAACACCUGGUUUGAGAGUCGUUACUACUGAGAUUGCGCUGUUGGAAGCCACUACACUUUCUCAAUAUUUCGGUAUGUAACGCCCCAAAAACUACGGGAGGAAAGCACGCUAGCGGUUGCUAUCUCUAUCCUUGCUUUGUUUGGGAUUUACACGCUCACGCGAAAGAGUAAAUAUCAACCGACACGUUGUUUUUUGGGGACCGUAUUUUACCCACAUCGAGGAGGUUUCGAACACUUCACCAAAAUCUCACAAAAGGCCGUCAUUGGAGGAGCUAUCUGUGUGUCUGGAGCAAGGACUAAACCUCAUAAAGCAUAAUAUUCAGGCCGCUCCGUUGACCGUUCACUCUGCGGCUGUUUUAACACCAUAAAGCGGCGUUAUAACAAAGACGGCGGUGUGUGUGGACCGUGAUUUCCGUCUCCGCCUGGCCAUGAGAGGGGCUCGGAUGUCUGAAGAAUGUGUCGGUCUCUCCCGGCGUUAGCUUCGCCUCGGCUUCAUGUAAGAUGAAUUUGUUUAGCAUUGAACACAAUGCGUUGAUAGCUGUGUAUCACACAAAAUCAUGAAAUGGACAUUGAAGUACAAGUAUUUGAGGAUAUGUGUAUUGUUACCACAGUGUUGACUGUGUGGCUGGCCUCUUUUUCCUUGUGUUGGCAAGCCCUCUGUAGGCAACAAAUCCCUCAAUCCAUCAAACUAGAGCAGAAAAAAAAUGUGCUUCACGAUAUUUCAUCAUAUAUUUCCUGUGCAGGGCCAACAGUAACAACAUGCUCCUGGCCUCUGCCGUGGUAGUGUGGGAAUGGCUCAACGAACACGGCCGGUGGAGGCCUUACAGCGCGGCCGUUUCCCACCAGAUAGAGGCGGCCAUUCGGAGCAGCGACCCCCGUGGAGGGAGUGUGGUCCUCGGCCAGGUGGACAGCCGGCUGUCGCCCUACAUCAUAGAUCUCCAGUCCAUGCAUCAGUUCAGACAGGACACAGGUAAGACGAGAGAUAAGAUAAAGAGGCAGGGUGCACUGCCCAAGGGUUUGAUGAUUUGGCGUUUUAUUGAUGGUUAAGGGUCACACAGUUCUUAUUUUAACAAGGUGGGGGUGGAAUUAAAUUUUGGGACCCUGUACAGUCUGUCUCACUAGGUAUGUGGACUUUUUGUGGCAGUGACUUUAUGCAACUUUCAUGGCUGUACUCAUGAUUAAAAACACAAAUCUGUUGUGUACUUGUUGUGUUGCUCUUUACGAGGUCUAUCCUUUCUGCUUUCAGCUUAAUAUGAGAGUGUGAAAAGAUUUGACACCAGUUUCAAAGUGCUAAGGAUUUGCCUGAAGUUCUGAGUUUGCAUCAGAAGUAGUUGAUGUGACCUCUUUCUGUAAAAACUCUCUCUGGAGGAAAACCCAAAAAAGUACAAAAAUGAACUCUGCAAUUCUGCCUCCUGAUUUCUGUUGUUUUUACAUAAUUUCUGCCUGUUUGCUAUGAACUUUGGGUCCAUACUGUUGUAUUAAGCAGCAGACUCUGCAGAUGACAUGUACCCUACAGCAGAUACAGGGAAACUGCUACUCUUGAGAGACAGAUGAGCAGGUGCUUUAGAGCUCACACAGAGGCACCAACAACACAGAGUCUGAUCUGGUAAAGGUCAUCUAACUGAGUAGUGGUUGUUGAAAAGCUGCUCGAAACAUCUUGGGCAAAAAUAUUGUGUGUUUAUUUUAAAUUGAGACUUAAGCUGGAGGAAGUGAGGGUGCAAAAUGAAUUGACUUCUGUGCAACACAAGGUCAUGAUAUAGAUCUUGAGAUUAGAAUGUGUGGUUGUAGGAUGUGACUGGAUGGUUGAAUAUUUAUAUUUUCUGGCCAUCCAGUGUGUACAAACACAAAUGAGACUGUUAAGAAUGUCUAGUAGUUAGCAAAAGGCCAAACUUGGCAUAUCUCAUCUUCUGGACCAGUACAGUUAACAAUCUUUGGCCCAAUGUAGACUGUGAGCCGCCACAACUUGAUAUUUUCUCUGUAGUGAAUUUUGCAAAUAUCUGAUUAACUAGAUGCCACAUACAUGUGUGACUUAUGCUGCAUUCCAGUUAUCCUGGAAGUUGGAUGUCAGAACUGGGAACAUUGUUACACCCAUUGUUGACUGCGUUCCAGUUAACAAGUCGGAAAACCAGUAUUGACGUCUACAGUUAGCCGUUGUUUACAAUUGUCAGCUGCUAUUAGCUGUUGUCAGUUGUUGUUAGCGGUUGUCAGCUGUUGUUAGCCGUUGUCAGCUGUUGUUAGUUGUUGUUAAUUAUACCAUAACACAGUAUUUUACUCCUACAAACACCAUAGCACCGUGUUCACAGUUAGACGAUUGGCAGUACAACAGAUACCACUUAUUUAAUUUUACAAAAACAAAACAGAAGUGCUAAUCAAUAAUACAUUACGAGAGUUUUCACUGUUACUCUUUACUGUUGAUGCACUGCGCUGCCAUCUUGGAUGAUGGCGUUGUUGUCAAGUUGGGGUUGGUGACUAUUGUUUGACUUUCCCAGUCAGAAAUCCGAUUUCAGGGGGGCGUUCCAGAUUAAUUUCCGACUCGAAGCUCAGAAAUUCAGACUUCCGAGUACAACUGUAACGCAGCAUUAGCUGUACUGUUGUGUGCACUGUGGAUUGCCUUGUAGAAAUAUGCUGUAUUCAUUACAUGGUUGACCGAUUCUCAGGGCUGAUAUUUGGCAAGUGGAAGAUUAUCUGUAUCAGCCUUUUACUUUAGAGUUAGCUGAUGAAAUAAAAUGCUCAGAUAGUGUACUCCCUCAGCUCUACUGCUGGCCUGUCCUUCCCUCUGGGUCUGUUUUCUUGCACCAGUUUGUCUGAUCUCACAUCCUGCCCACAGUAUUUGAGGACAGGCUCAUGUUACGCCACUGCAUGUGUCACAUUAACUGGUAAUUCUGACUAACUACUGCUGCUCAGAAUUACCAUCCUAUACCAGAUGUUGAACAUUUCAGUUUAAACAAAGUCAAGGCAUAUGAGACAACUUCUGUGUUGGAGUUUCUACCAUUCCAGUUUCAAAUUUGACAGAAAGUUUCUCAAUUUUACUGCCAAACCAUAUCAGUUCUAAAUAUCUGUUACAGAUGAAAGUAGCAGUAUUGGCUCUGAAAAACCAAUACUGGUAAACUUCUCUGGAAGACAAUUAUCAUGUUUGAUUUGGGCUUUUGCAGCUUUGUGAAUACAAGUUAUCAUCAUCUGAGGUUAAGUGGUGAUCUGAAAUGAAACAACGAACGUGUAAUCUCAGAAAACAGGGCAGUGUAAACAUAUGGAUGCAUGUCUGUUAGGGGUUCAAUAGUUCAUUUAUAUUUUUAACUGUGUCUGCAACUAAUUACAUCAUCAUUUGUCAAUUAUUUAAUAGUUUUUAUGGAAAACUUGAAAAUAAAGCAGCACAAUCAGACAAACUGAGGAACAUAGGAGUGGCAAAUCACUACUCCAACUUAGCUAAUUAACACACUUACCUUACAUGUUAUCAUCCCUUUCUUUCUGAUGAUAUUCACAUUGAUAUUCAUCCACAUAACCAGCUCUGGCUGAAAUUUAUUCCGAGAAAACAUUGCCUCACAGAACAAUUGUUUGUUAGCUGAGCUGAUUAGAAACCCGAAGAGGCAUAAGCUGUAAUUUAGUUUGGGAAUGUCCGUUUCAAAAAGAGCUAGACCCUUUUUGACAGGGCUGCUACAGUGAGCUCACUAGCAGCAGCUGCUUCUUCUUCUUCUUGGGCUCUCCUCCUUUUUAUGACUUGGCUACCAGUGGAAAGACUACAAUAAACCGCAUGCUUGUUUGUAGCACAAUAUUGAUAUUUCAUUUCUUUUACAAAGAUGCUUAUUGUCAAUACCAGUAUUUUUAAGCCUAUUUCUACAUCAAAAGCAGCUGAUAAGUUCAACCAUGAUGCCAUAAACUCCUCUUAUUUUCGACUGUAAAGUUAAAAAGUUUCUGCACAAUCCCUAAAAAAGUUCUACACCCAGUGUGACUCUGCUUACCUCUGUUGUUGUUUACUUUGAAAGCCAGAGCUGCACAGUUUUUCAUUGAAUUUGCCAAAAAAAAAGUUCUGGAUCCUGCACUCUCAAGAAAGUUGUAAAACUUCACUCAGAGAUAAAACGUGUGUGUGAGAGUGUGUGAGCAUGGUGUCUGUUUAGAUUCGCCCAUAUGAUGAUAAAGAGCAGCUGCUUGUGACUGUCAAAUUACUGGGUUAGCUGAAGUCUGGAGCCUUUCUCUGUUUGCAACACACACAGAGUCACACAGCAGCUGCACACUCCUCACAUGAAAACUGAAAGAAAGACCUUGAUUCCUAGGAAAGAAAAGAAUAUUUCAGAGCCUAAUGAGCGGAGAGUUCACUUCAGUUGCCUCAAACACCAGCUCCCUUCCCGGGGUCUCACUCUCUCUCUCUCUCCCCCCUUCUCUUGCUGAGUGUUUAGUUUCGUCAAUAGGCAAAAGUCCCAAGGGCCUCUUGGAUUUGGCUUUGACAUGGGAGAGAUAGAAAGAUACAAGUUUCUGUGAGUGUAUGUAUGUGUGUGUGUGUGUGAUGGGGGUGUAGUGAGUGGGAGUGGUUGUUAAAGGAGGAGUGAGAUAAUUGGGGAGUCUGUAUUCUCUCUCCCCCUCUCACUCCCCCAGCUCCACCAUUUCUCCACCUUUGUUGAAUUCCGUUGAACAGAUGUGAGUUACUUCACUGUAGCUGUGACACACACUCACACAGAGACGCAGGCAUGAAGAAAGUUUGAGGGGGUUAAGAGGCAGGACAGACUUUGUGGGCAAUGAAAAAGCCAUGUUGCAUUGGGUCUUACUGGUUCUUUCAAGUACGGGAAAGUAGAAAUAAAAAAGUAGAAAAAAAAGGCAAAGAAAAGAGUUGGGUUUUGCCGUUCCCACUUGGGACCUUAAGUUUUCAAAAUGAGAGUCUUUGCUGGGUUCUGACACUCAUGAAUCCUUUUGUUGCUCUUUUGUUUCUUGUAGCUGUUUCUAAUUUGUGAGGAGAAUUGUACCAAAACAUCAUUGUCCCAAAGUUCUCAUGAUAUAUCUCGCACUGACGGUUGUUUUUGUUGUUGUUACUGGCAUCAUACAUUUGUUGUGGCUAAUAAAAACUGCUUUAAACCCAAGCUGCCUCAUUUAUAGUCGACCAGACAUUGUUUAAUAAAACUUUUUUGGCUUUAAUUGUUAGGAUAGUUCCAGAAAAAUCCAUCUAAAGCUGUCUUGCGCUUUUCUUUUAGUCUGUUUGAUCCACUUUUAAACUUUUUUUGUGCUUUUCACAAGCUGAUAAAUCAAACUCGUCGGUAGAGAGUGUCCUGAUAGUCUCAGGGUUUAAGCACAAAAUGCUGCAUUCUCAGUACUUAGACCGCAAAAACACAAAUCUCAGUGUACUGUCUUGUCGGGUGAAUGGUCGUAUUUCUCGCCAAAAAUGCCAAACCAGACUUUACUAAAGUCACGCUCAUGUGACAAGUUCAAGUAAAGAUCUCAUUUCAAGACAUUACAAGUAAAAAAAAAACAUGAAUUCCUUGGAAACAUUUUUUUUUAACUUAAACUUAAACUAAGACAAUAAAUUGAACAUGUACAUUUUGAUUAGCCUUGUACCAGUGUAUAUGUGAAAUUAUUUGGUAUGUGGCAAAAAGUUGUAGUGUAGCACAGUGUUAUCAGCAUUUGUUGUAAGUUUGGAGCUGCAGGUUGUGAACAUAGAUCAGGCAACAAGUUAAACCGGUUGUGUUUUUGCCUGCUCAGUCAACAAAACCUGAUGAGAGAUUUUAAACUUGGAGUUUUUACAUUUAAACUUGAGUGUCUAACAAUUAUUAAAAAGCCAUGCCUGGAAUGUCUUUAGAGCACCUUUAAGGCUGAAAUUUUAAGAUGUGUCUGUUUUUAAACGUGCAACAAAUAAGGAUUUGAAUCAACGCUCUUAAGUCUCUCAGCUCAACAAAUAAGCGUCUCACUUUCUCUAAAUGGACUGGAUAUGACCACAUUGGGGCCUUGGAGGUGUAACACAGGCCCAGACAGGUUGUCUGGGUUUUGCAUGCUGACGGGGUAUUUGAGUUUGAGUUUCGGACACUAAAUUUGCAGUACCUUGCCAUCUCCCUCUGUUUACGUUAAUCAUAUUAAGUAAUGGAUGAUGCUGCCAGUCAGAAGAGUAUCUGGAUAAAAACAGGAGCCUGAGUGAAGCAGUGAAAGAAUUAACACAGUCUUGACACGUGUUUAAGUUGUCCACCACACAAUAUGAAGGAUGUAUUCUUAUAUAUGUUAUGGAAAAGAAAAUUUAAACUGGAAAAAGACUUGAAUGAUGUCUUUGCAUUUCCAUUUGGUAGACUUAGGACAUCAAGGGGGGCUGUGAGCCAAGCUGCUGCAGUCAGUGUCGGUUUGAUUUUAAAGUCUGCUGUAGCUUAGUGGUUAUUAUGUUCAACAAGGUCUACUGGGUGCAAAAUUGUCCCUCCUGGUUUUCACCACUCCUGAACAAAUUCACAGUGUUAUGAAGUUCUUUAAACUCUGAAGAACAGCAGUUUCAGCUGGCAUUAACUGUUUGUGAGACAUCCUUUGAUUAUUGGAUGGCAGGGGCUGAGAGCUGAGCUACCACUGGCUUUGAACGAAUGUGAGUUAUAGGUGUUAUUCGUGUUUUAAGUCAGUGUUUUUUCGAAUCUUGUCCAAAGAUAGACUGUUUAAAAGAUAAAAGUUCACAGCAAGUUAGAUCACUAAAUGUCAGUAGAUCAUCUUUAGGCCAUAGAAACCUUUAGAAAUUACUGUUUGAAAUAUUAUGUCCAAUGUCUGUGCUCAGAGCCGCAGAAUCUGUCUGUGAAGUAAACGUAGGCUCUUUGUAUCAUAGUCUGUAUUGAGCGAAAUCCUCCAAGUGUUACCAUCAUGUUUAAUGCAAAGCCAAUCAAAUCGUUUUCUGCCCUUGUCGUCUUUCAGCUUUCGAGCUGAAAUAUUUCUCGUUGGAGCAUACACUUAGAUUGCUCAUGGUGCGAUUUGGCAUUAGUGCGUCAAUUUUCUUGGCCUUUGGAGGGUCUUGUAUCUAAAAUGAGGAGGGGCUCACUUCAACACUUAAAAUGAUUUAAUUAAGGCUCCUGCAGCUGAGGAUAGAGUAUGACUCUUUGGUUUAUUAAUCUGCAUUAAUUUGUUGACAUGUUGGUCAAAAUGUGCGUUUGUUUGAGGGGGAAUCAUUUUCUGUAACUUAUCUAGAUAGAUUUUGUUUUUCAUGUGAUGAGGUUUUGCUUCUGCAGCUUGUUGCUCUUCUUGUUCCAGCUGGUCCUGCUGAAGGAGACACAUUCCCAGACCCCAACAAAGCCCUGGGGCAUCAGGGUCACGGUAGAUGGGGGGCAGGGGUUGGAUGGGAGACUCCCCAGAGACACAGGGGAGGGGGGUAAAUUGUAUUGACGAGGAAGGGGGAGGGAGUGGAAGCAAACUUUGAAAAACAGUCUUCGUUUACAUCCACACAACAAACCAGGUAACUGGGACACAUCAGAUUAGAGCAGGAAGUUGGAGAACAGUGUUUACAUACACUGCAGUGAUGUGCUGUGAUGGUUAUAGUCCCAACAAACAAAGCUGUACCAGAGUAAGAAGUGCUGAAAAAGUAUUUUGAAAGAACAGAAACUGACUCUGGACGUAAUAUGCAUGCAAACGCUGUAAGAGCAAUAAAACCCACCCAUGGUCCCACUGCAAACCACAUCACAUUUCAACCCCCAGUGUGUGAGUUUUUUUGGAAUAAAAAUGGAUUUUGUGGGGGAAAAUAUUAAUACGCUUUAAAUGUGCCACAUAAAGUCCACAGCAGCAUUUAGCAGAACAGACUUGGUAAGAAUAGAUUGUAAUAUUCUUAACUAUGUUCAAAUUACUUUACGGUAACUAAAUAAGGAAAUCUUUUUCUUCUUAUGAACCAAAAUAAGCCUUUUAUAUCCACAUAGAAGAAGAUCCCCUUCCAUAAAGUCUGUCGUCUGAACGAACAAACUAGUAACGUGCAUUUUUGUGUUGAAAGAAUGGUCGAAUUGUAGAUGAGGAGGAAGAGAACAGCUGUUGUGCACAAAACUAUCAAUAGAUGUUUUUGAUAGUUAAAAAUUGGGCAAAUGGAUGAUCAUACCUAUCAUGUGGGUCAGGAGCUUCUUGUCCACAAAGGCCACCAUUGAUUCACUGUUGAGGGGUGAGCAAGGGAGCGUCCAAUUAAAUGGUUAGAUGUUUCAGUUUUUCCUAUUUCUACCUACUGCACUGUAAAAUUGGGAUGGGGAUCGUGAAUUUCUAGUGACAUUGGUAGCAAGAUGGAGCCUCAGUAAUAGUCUGAGUUUUGAUUGACACUUGAAUAGUUGCUGGGGGGGAAAAUGUGACCACAGGACAUUUUUAACAGACCUGGUUUUUGCUUUAAUUUGACGGGACCAACUUCAACCACAUCAAAAAGUAACCUUACAUUACCUCGUUUGGUGAGCAACCCAGCCUUUGUCCUGCCAAUUUCAGCACAAAAGCUACAAAUCUUUCCCCAUCAGAAGCUGGAACCAGCUAAUGUUUUAUACCUCAGCCUGAAAGUAUUAAGCUGAACAAUGGCACAAUAGUUGGCAUUCAUCAUUCUCUGGAUGUGACCAUGCUUAUGUAGCUUAACAAACGGCUGUUACAUGAAGUUUUUCUUUCUUUCUAGGGGUUAAGUAAGAUCUUGCUUUGUAACUUCAAAUUGAUUGUAUUAAAACACUUCCUGGUAGAACUUAGAAUCGAUAGUUUUCAGCUCCGCUGUUAAGCACAGGGUCUCUUCCUCUUAAGUUUUCUGUCGGCUUCACGUCCGACUUCCUCUGGUCUACCUGAUCCAUCCCUCUCUGCAUCUGUUUCUUUUCUCCUGUACUCUAUGAAGCUGAAAAUUGACUCUGAACCCAAAACUCGGGGGAUCAGACUCUUUCAAGGUGAGACAAAGUAGAGACAAAGACAAAGAGAGAGCUGAAGAGAAGAGGCGGCACAACAAAGUCAGAACAACCCUGAGGUCAACAGAAAGUUAGAACAUAGAGGGAAAUAUUACAGGAAGGAGAAAGGACACUAAAAGGACAAAGUAGUAUAUGUAUAUAAUAGUUUCACCAGGUACUUUGUGAUCUCAAGCCUCAAAAACUUGGUCAGAUACACUAGAAGUUAUAGAAAAGUAUAUAAUAUGAACCCAGUAUUGCGUCAUAUUGAACUAUAUCGUAUGGUAUGGUAUCGUUUGGCGUGGACGCAUUGUUGUUACAUAAAAGAACUCAUGAAACUGUAGAUAGGAAACAUUACUAAACAAGUAACAUAGGCCUUGAGUUGUGAACCCAGCAUAUCCUAUCCUAUGUUAUGGCAUCAUAUUGCAAGGUGUAAAAAUAAAACAUUACGUUAUAGAUAAAGUUUAAUGAUACUGCAUUAAGCAGCACCCCGGAACAUGUAUAGAGGAACCAAAGCCCAUCCACCCACUGGGAAUGUCCUCAUCGUUGCUGCUGUAACAUGUAUUAAGUCAAGGUUACGACACACUGUGAAACAAAGAAACAUACAAAAAUCAAAAUGUACAUUUGACAUCAGGCCAGGAAAAGAAGAGGAAUCAAAAGUGUCUGAACCAAGUGAGAGGAACCAAUAAAGAAACUGAAAGAGGAAGAAAAGAUGAAGGUCUGGCCUGAAAUGGCCUUCCUUGGAAACCAAUGGUUGUGCAGGAGGAAGGUAGGAAGAGCUGGUAGGUGGGAGCGAAUGGGGGGUUUUAAUGCUGGGGUUGGUGACAAAGAAGGAAGACAUGGGAAAUUAGUUUUGGUUGACUUUUUUUUUCCCCUUUUCUUUUUUUUAUGUACGAGUCCUUGAUGCAUACAUUUUGCAGUUUGCAUCUGUGGCAAUUUGCCAGAUAACUUGUUUGUAAAGUUCAUGAGCUCUGAUCUUGUUUAUUAUGUCUUUCUUUUUCCCAUUAUUAACCCUUGUAAAUGUGAAAUAUUUCAGAUUUUUGUUCCAGUGAGGCCCAAUGAUUCUAUCUGUAAAUAAAAAAAAAUAAAACUGAUUCUAGAGGACUUCUUUAACUUCAGGUUAGUUUACUGGAAGCUUCGUGCUCCUUUUUUCCACAUGGACACACGAUAACCCAGAAAAGAGCGCAGGGAGGAAGUGCAGAGAAAGAGGGACGAGUGAGGUGGAGAGGUCAGAGCGCAGCUUUCUUCUCUCUGAGUUGUGAAACUCUGCGUGUCGAGUUACUGAAACUGUGAGGGACAUCGCUCACUGCCUGUCCCACACACACAUACACACAUAGGCAGAUGUGUAUAACAGCAUGUGAAGACAUCUAUAAUUAUCAGUGUCACUGCCUGUUUGUUUUAUCGUCAACACCAUCAGACUGUUUGUCAUAGUCAGUAAAAACAAACAUCCUCAAACUGAAAGCACAACAUUUUUUUCCUCAGCACUUAAUAAGUAGACCAGACAUAAUCACCAAACACGCACGCACACACAUACACAUAUGUAGGCAUAUGCAGGCAGAAAGGAUUACCUGUGUCUUAUGACUCUCAUGUGACUGGGUCUAGUGGGGCUCACAGGGAGCGAAAGAGCAAGGAAAGGGAAAAGGAAAAUGAAAAACCAAAGUCAAGUUUACAGCUAUAAACAAAUACCAGAGAGAUUUAGAGGAAGAUGAAGACUACACUUUCAUGUUUAUAAGCCAUUUCCAGACAAGACCUCCUUUUCUUUGAGCUUCACAGCACAGUUAGUAACUUGGAGAGCAUAUCCACAUCAAAUCCAAAUGACCCCCACCCUUCUACAAAACAAAGCUACACUUUCAUUUCUUGUUUUUAUUCUCCCCCAGACUAGCACCCUUUCAAUUUUUUUACUUUUGAGUCUUUGUUUCUACAUUGAGGCUUUACUCUCACUUCCAUCAGCGGUUUCUUUCAAGUGAAGGACCGUGGAUAGAGCUGGAAAGUGUGAAGCGAAAGAAGGGAUGACAUGUGACAAAAGGCUAAAGGUCAGAUAUUUUUGAGACCUGGGACAACACCUUCAGAUCACAUUCACACCAGAGCUGUUUGGUCCAUUUUAAAUGAAAUCCAGUCCGUUUCCUCAGAUAGUUCACUUCUUUGGAGCUCAUUUGGGCGUUAAUGCUGAAGGUCUUUACACACUGGGGCCGAUGCAAAUAUAGAACACAAAAUUACGAUAUAUUUAGAGGCGAAUUUUGACACGCCUGACUAUACACAUCAAGCCCGAUGCAAUUUUGCGACUUUCCGGAGGGAAAAAGACGCAUCCCAGGUGGAAGCAAGAAGACUGACACAACAGCAGACUGACUGUUUUUCAGUUCUGAUUAGACACUAGUGUUGAGAUGGCUGUCUGUCAUGAUAGCAUGUACUGAGUCGGGGCCUGGGUUGAGUUUUAGACGGUGACAAUACAUAUGGUAUGUUGUAUCUGAACAAGUUAGCUUACGAGCUAAAGUUACUUAGCACAGAUGAAAGUUAAAACAAAGACAUUUAGCAAACUGUUAAAGCACACAAACUAUCGUCAUAUGAGAAAUCCGACGCACGUUUGGUGUUCAGUUCUCAAUGAACCCUGGUGCAGUUCAUUUGAGGUGAUUCAGUUUUUCAUUUCUGGCUGUUAUUCUAGCCGUUUCCAUCAUCUUCAUCUUCGUCCUCUUCGCCAGUGUUUGUUUGGGACAGCACCACCACAAAUGAGCAGUGAGGUUGGCCAGAUGGUUUGGUUCAUCAUUGUCAUUCACUGUGUAAAAGCAAACUAAACCACAUGAAAGUGAAACCAUGUUGGUGCUUCUCCUCAUAACUGGACUGAGUCCCCAAGACUGACAUUAAAAACAUCAUUUUAGUAGAUUUUUUUUUCCUUUUUUUUUUUUUUACAUAUGAUUGGACAACCAAAGAAAGUAAAUGUGAGGAACAGAGAGUGGUUUGUGGCCAAAAGUUGCACCAUCAACCUGGGCAACUCUUACUGUAGCCUCUGUAUUUUCACCGCUGAAGUAGUAAACCUGAUAAGAUUCUUGUUUGUAGAGAUGAAUAAAAAGGAAUCAGACCAUCAGUGAUGUUAGUCAGGCAAUUUUUUGGAGUUCUGUCUGCUUCUGCUCUCUAUUACUAACUGAUUUUGUCUACAUCUAAAUAUGAGAACUACUCUUUUUUUGUUUCACCAAACUAUAAUGUCACUUAACUGAAAUAAGAAAACUGUUUCCAUUUAAGAAGGGGAGACGACAAAAAGAUGUUGAUGGUGUGAGAUAAAGGUAAGUGUUGAUGAACCAAGAGAUCAUAUUAAAGAGUAGCAGGAUGAGAUAUAAUGUUAUGAAAACAGGAACGUGAAGAAAGUAAUGAAAAGUCGAGAGAAAACCAAACAAAAGAGGUAGCCAUCAUAGUUCUUGAGGAAUAAGCCAUACUUAGUUUCAUGUACUCCAUGUCAGUCUGCCCUUUCAGAUAAUUCAAGCUCUCUGUUUCAGCCUGUCUGUGUCUCUUAUCUCAUGCUUCUUCUUCUUCUUCCUCUUCUUCUUCUUCUUCCUCUUCUUCUUCUUCUUCUGAAAUGUUAGUCAUCUUUUAGACAUUAAAGCUGUAUGUCAGUUUGGUCAUCUUUUUCAAUGCCCUGUCUCUGUGCUCUCUCAACAUGAUGAGUGGAGAAGUGAAAGGUCAAGCAGUAUUUUUUAAGAAGUGCUUUAAGCUAUCAUUGGGGGGAAAAAACAAUAUUUAACCUGAUUUGCCUUGAACUGGGUUCAUGUCGGGACAGAAAUCAAUCUCAGUUCAAAGUAGGACACAGCAAGACUGAGCAGAGUGAAGUGGAAAGAAACAUACUCGAGAUUAUGCAGAAAAUAUUUGAUUUCUCUGGUGGGUGGAUACUCUGCUGUGAAGGCAUGAGGUCACACUGUUUGUUUCUGCAUUUGUUUCUGAUUUAAGUGGACGGAAAACGAAGGGAAUCCCAGCAUGAGUGGGAGUUUGUGAAGCCUCCCUCCGCUCUCCGCUCCAACUGUGAUAUCAGCUAAACUUGGCGCUGCCUCAAGUGUCAUUUGUAUGUUGUCAUAAGUUUCACAGACUGACAUCUCUUGUAUGCAUUAUUAAAGGAGAGUAGCAGUAUCUUCAAACCUUUGCAUUUUUAAACAUAUUUUAAGGUUACAGGAAGUUUUCAAAUUGCUCCUGCAAACUGAUCCAGCUUGUAGCCAUGGAACAAGUUUCUUAUAGUCUUAUAAAGAAUCAUCACAGUGUAAGUUAGCUAAUAGACAAAGAUCCGUCUGUGUACAGCCCAGUCCAGUUGGAGACUGGCAGGUUUGGAGCCACUCCAGGAGAGGUCAGAUUUUGUUCAUAUUUAAGUUAGGUGAGAUUAAGAUAGGGAUUCAUUUUUACUCAACUAACGCUAAUUUUUCCUGCUUUGAUGAUUAUGUAAAACUUGAGUUGUGUUUUAGCGAAGUGUUACAAAGCAAAGCAGAAACUCCAACGCAGAAGUAAGAGGCACUCACGACACCGUCAGCCACUACAGUGAAGCAUGUGUAGGUUCUGACACAACUGCAUUUCCAGGGUUUCCUCCUUUUCCACACAUAACAGACAAGGAAGAAGAGGAGCAUAAAUAUCCCACCCUGAACUUUUUAGAGCUGUUUGUGUUCAAUAAUCAUAGGACUGACACUGCAUCUCCAGCUAUGUGAAAUUGUGCAUUUGCACAUUAGGGGUGUCCUGAUACAACUUUUUGACUUCUGAUAUGAUACCGAUAUUGUAGCCUUCAAUAUUGACUGAUACUGAUAUUGAUCUGAUAUUGGCCCAAAAUUGUGCAUGCCAAGUUUUUCACUUGGCUGCAAUGUCUUUUUUGGACUUAAACAAAAAAUACUGCCACAAGGUCAAUAUUGCUCUUACUCCUUGCUACUUUGUUUGUAGCUUAGUACACACUGUUGUUGUGAUUUUGUGGGUUCAGCUUGCUGGAUUAGGACACUGCUAGAUAAAGAUGCUGGAGCGGAGUUUGAAAUGGACUGCUUGUAUCGGAGUGAUAAUAUCAGAGGUAUCGGCAGGCUGAUAUAAUCUGAUUUUCUUUUUUCUGAUAUCGGACCGAUAUCAAUAUCGUAUCAGGACACCCCUAUUGCACAUUACUUUUGCUCUGGCCAAGCAAUUUACUGCUUUGCCUUAACAACAACUUCCAUGUUGUACUAAAUGAAAUUUCUUUGUUUUUUUUUUCUGUUGGAGUCUGGUGUCCUUGUAGAAAGCACACAUAAAAACACAUUUUACCAUGAAACAUUUCAUACAGCCAUUCAGGGUCUGCACAAGAAUUCUACUGUUGCACAUCUCUUGCACUAUGAACACUCAGUAUGGGUUUCGGUAGGAAACACGCUUCCUUUGUUUUUUACUCUUUUUUUUAAAAAGAGAAAACAAAGAUGAUUCAAAUUUCCUCCAUUUGCCUGAGAGCCAGUGAUAUUUAACCAGGUUUGAUUUUGACUGCGAACUCUUUUAUGAUCAAUUCUCUGCAGUUCCCCAAAUAAUUGAUGAACUGCAGUUUCACCUCAGAGUCUUCACCUCACACUAAGUAUUGGGUUGUGGUUGGGUGAUGCUGAGAAAGCCCUUCAGGCGUUUUCUCACUCUGAUACUGCAGGUGGGAGCCAGACAAUCAUUCAAUAGUGAAUUAUUGCAUUGCCUAGAUAGAGCGAUCCAAAACGAGCAUGCGAUCAAAACACCAGUUUGAAUGGAAGCCAUGAACCAGCUGAAAUGUGACUGAGCAGAACCAAGAGGAAGAGGAAAAGGAAGUGCUAGCUCAUCUUUGGGGCUGAAUUUUCCCACAGAGCUACCGUCCUGCCAUGCAUAAAGCUUGACCCCACCCCAACAUGUGCUCGCCUGCUGGUCAGUCUGCAGCUCUGUGUGGGUAUGUGUGUGUUUUUGUGUGUGAAUGUGCAUUCAGGGAGGGGUCAGUGGUAGGAAGAACAAUACAGACCAGAUGGCCAGUCCCUUUCUCCACCUGCCUCAGGCCUCUUUGUCCUCUCUCUCAAACACUCACACAUGUUCAUUUCUCUCACUGCUGUUCUUAAAUACUUACACACUUUCCUGCGUUUACUCUAAGCUCUUUAACACACUUUAUGUCACCUCCUAGAUGUCUUGAAUUUCUUGUUCAAAGCAUGAGAGUUUCGUGCUUUUAUUCCCUUCCAGAUUAAAGGUGCAUUUUGAAACCCUGGUGGUGUACUUGGAAACGAGCAGUCGAACUUGAGUAGAAACCCAGCGCGGCCACACCCACACAUGUUGCACUUGAUUUAAACUGUGACUGGCGUAUAAAAGAGGCAGAGAGCCUCGUGUUGAUCUCUGACUGUUAGAAAAAAUGUAGAAGGGGUGUGGCAGUGUGUGAGAGGGCAACAGGAUUUGCUGUUUGCAUGCUAAGAAUUGUGCACAAACAAGAGUUUGCAGCAUCAUGUCAUCCGUUUCAGAAUGUCAUAAGACUCGAUGGUUGAAAAACUGGAUUCACAGAUGACAGCUCUGACAGGAAUUUUCUGAAAAAGGGCAAAAAUGCUCAGAGGUUUUUGGACAACAUGACCCAAAAUGUUUACACCUCACUUUUAGACAAAAGCAGGCUUGUGGUUAGACUUUGACCUGAUGAAGAAGAGCAAGAGUAAGACCACAUUCAGAUUCAACUGCACACUAAAUACUCAUGCGGUUUGCCAGUCUCUCUUUCUAUACAUAACUCCCUCUACCAAAAUGACUCCUGCUGUAUUCAUGUGCGCACAAAGAGAAAACCCCCUCAGAGAUCCGUGAAGCUGCACAGAGUUUCUUUUAUUAUUAAUAUAAUGGGGACAUUAUGAAGGCGCACUCAUGUGGUUUGUCCUCUGGGAGUGGACAACUUUCAUUUUUAGCUGUUUGCCUCUGCAGCAAGUUUAUCAGGUUGACUAUCUCUUUGAGGAGGUAAAUGAAUAAAUGAGAAUGGAAUAAAAAAAGACUGGCUCACCUCAAAGUCUGCACAUCAUAGCAGCUUUUAAACCAACUAUUAAACCUCCUCUACUCCUGUGUUAAUAACAUCUCACAUCUUUUGCAAGAUCAAAUUCUACUGAUUUAGCCCACACUGAAGUGAAAUUGUCUAACAUAAAAGGAAUAUCCAAAAUAAAAAAUCCAUAGUCUUUAAAAUCAUUACAAAACAAAUAUUUUAAUGUCACAUUUUAGCUUUCGUUAAGAGCUAAUGCGGUGGAAGUUUUAGGCCUGUAAAGUUGUCUUUGUUCCUAACAAACUGUAAAUGAGGCAUAGUUCUGUCUACAACAGCAGAGGUGCACAUCAUUUUGUCAGUGAAUCAAUUCCCGUCCAGUACUUCGACUGGAACAGAUUAGUAAUCCUGUUAAAUCACCUGAGAUAGCCGUAACUGUCACUUAGCUGUGCAUGAAAACACACAAAAUGUGCAAAAAGCUGCAGUUUCAAAAGUGUCCACAUGAGGCUGGGCCCCAAAAGCUCAAGAAUCCCCAUUAACACUUACGCUAAAAUCUCCAUUUUUACACAAAAAAGAAACAUGCUGAAGACUGUUUUGUCCUCAAUAUCUAAUUUCUUUUAUUCAACAAAGCAUUACAUAGAUGGAUUUUCUUCAAACGUACUCAUUUUCUCUCUGUGGACACUAGGGAUGGGUGAUAUAGGCAAAAAAAAUGUGGCACGAUCUACUCGUUUUUUCACCAUAUGAGUUUAAGUCUUUACUUUCAACCUUAUUUUUUAACAGCAGGGUUUCCUCUCAGCAGUCUGAAGACUACAAAAUAAAUACUCCUUAAUACACAACAACGCAACAAUGCCUCUCUGUCCCCUCUGUGGCUGGGACUGAGGGUCAAGAGGAGGGCCCCUAAACCAACCAACCACAAACUACUUCAGUCUCCAGGGGUAACAGGCUAUUCAGUCAAUGCCAGGACGAGGAGAGGACGGCAAAUGUGUAUAUGUAAGAGUGUGUGAGAGAGAGGGUGAGUGAGUGGCAUCUGCACAGAUAUGAAACAGAGAGGGUUUGAAUGACGGGGGUCUGUUUGAGUGGUCUGACAGAAAGAUGAAGACAAAGAGAGAGGUCAAUCAAACUGAGAUAUCAUGAAAUGCACUUAAUAGUGGGCUGUUGCAAGAUUAAAGCGCUUCAGCAGUAGGAUUAAAUCUGCUGAAGCUGACUUUUCUUCGGGAUUGAAAUAGUCAUAUCACCACAGGUUGCAUGACGGAGGGAAAAAAAGUGCACAUAUACAGCCAUCGGGUUGGGGUUUGACUGAUCGAUCAUGGGUCAUUUAUUGAUCUAUACCUGAUGGAUACACCUGUGCAACUGGACAAUGUGGUCUGUGUCAAGAGCACAAAUGAUGUGCAACAGUUCAACAAAAUCUCAUAAAUCUUCUAAAUUUUCUUGGACCAGAUGAAAGUACAUACCUGCAGUGAUUAACAUGAAUUCUGUCUGUUCUUCUGGCAUUAGCUGAUGUUGCUAAUACAAAAUACUUUUGUCAAUGUCGUCGUCAACGAAAACAACACUAGUGCCCUGCUUGCAUUCCUAAUGUCUUCCCCCAGGUGGCGCUAUACUUGUUGUACUAGAGAUGUAUAUGUAUACACUGAGAUGUAUUGACUAUUUGAAUUACAGGGGUAGAAAGUCCUAUAAUCAGAUCCUGAAAACUCAAUUUAUUCACGUUUACAGAUUUUCUGAAAUAGGGCUUUCCUUCCCAAUCUAAAUUGGGCUUAGUUGAUUCAAACCCGAAGGUUAGAAUAGCACCACUGCAGCUGUGGUGCAUGUCAAAAUGUAAUCAGACACAUCUACAAUAUCUGAAGAAACUCCAUUAGUGUGUUUAUCAAGUUGUUAAAUGGUAGCAAAGGUGUGAGAUUAUCCUCCUGCAUUGUUUAUCUGUUUGAUAAUCGUAUUGGCAUGGCAUCUUCGAUUUAUUAUAAUUCGGUCCUGUGUCCUGUUUCAGGAACUAUCCGUCCGGUGCGAAGGACCUUUUAUGACCCAGCCUCUGCCCCGGGUCAGGGCUGGCAGUGGGAGUGGGAGAAUGAUGCUGGCACGUGGACGCCCUACGACAUGGAGGUGGCCAUCACCAUCGAGAACGCCCACAACCGGCAGCAGCCCUGCCUCGACCUGACACCACUCGGCUUCUGCUACCUCAUUGACUUUCAGAACAUGACGCAGGUUUGUUGAAAGAGAAGUCUUGAUGUUCAAUUUUAAAGCCAGAAAUGGACUUUCAGCCAUUGACAUAAUCCUGUUUUAAUUGUUCUCAAAUGAAGACUGUUAUUGAAGAAACCUUUUGUCAUUGUGUUUUUAGAGAUUGCCUUUUUGAUCCUGUUCGACUUAAGUUAAAAUAAGAGCCAAAUAAACUUAAAACUUUAUAUCUUGCAAAACUUGCAUUAGCUUUUGGGUUUUACAGUGUUUCAAAAAUUCCCAGAUACCCCAAAAAGAUAUGAUGAGAAGCAAAAAAAACAAAGCAGGAGCUGUUAUUCAGUUGCAAAUUUUUUUGUAGCUCCUCUGCUCUUUACUCGCAACAGUGAUCAUAACUCAUUAUCAUGAUGACUUGUUCAGUCUUUUGAAACGUGGUGUGCUUUUUCCACUUUUGAAUUUGUUCUGUGUUGACGUGGCAAACAUUUGAUGAGUCACUAUGACCAGGGUUUGCAUUUUUAAUGGUUUAUUUACAUACUUUGAUAGGCUGUACAUAAUUCAGGGUUCUGAAGUACAGCCCCAGUUCCAAGCAAAGUUUUGGUAUUUGAAUGAAAAAAUUAUUUGAUGGUUUGCAAAUCAUUAGUUGUAAACACAGCAGAGAAGAAAUGAUAAAUGUGAAGAGUGAAAAAUGUUUUUGUUUAAUGAGAAAAACAGUAUCUUGAAACAGAGACUGGAGAUCAUCAUGCGGAAAGAUGUCCCAUUUUUGACGGAGACAGAAUAUCAGCAGCUGAGGGUCUCCUUCAUUAUUUUUAUUUAUUUAUUUUUGUUUAACAUUGUUCCUAAUCUAAUGUUUCAAUUGGGGACAAGUCAGGACUGCAGGCAGGCCAGUUUUUCAGCAGGACUCUUGAGCUAAAGAGCCACGCUGUCUUAAUCCCUGCAGAAUGUGGUUUGUCAUCGUCUUGCUGAAAUAUGAAAGUCUCUACUGAAAGGGUCAUCUAGAGGAGUAAAAUUAUGAGAAUUAAUUCAGAUUUGCUAUACAUUAGCAGGACAGGAGUUUCCAUGUUUUGUACUUUAAAAUAUUUCCUCAAAUGUAAAAGUUUGAUUAUACACCUAUACGCCUGAUUAUACACAUCAAGCACGAUGCAAUUUUGCGACUCAUACCGGGGAAGACUUUUCCCGGGGAAAGUCCCACCUCCUUCACCUCUGAUUAGCUAGAGAAGCUGGAAGCAUCAUCACACGCUCAAGCCAAAUAGUCAGCCAAUUAGAGAUGAUAAGAUAAGCACAUGAAACUAUGGUAACAACCGUUCGCUUACGUUAGCACAGAUGAAAGUUAAAAGAAAUUAUCGUUAUCUUGGACUUUUGUCGUUAUCUUUGUAAUGUUUGUGUCUUUUAUCAAAAAGCACUCUGUUCUUAGACACGCAAACAAUCAGCUGUUGGCUAUACCGGUGAAUCAGACGUGACAACAACACGCAAUCUGAUUGGUCAGAAGUGAACACACAGUAUGCGAAACUUUAGAAAAAUCAACCAUGAUCCGAAAAAAUAAGUGCCGCAAUAUUGCAGGACGGGAAAAAAUAUUGACAUCUGAAACAAUUGCACGACAAAAACGGUCCCAGUGUGAAAGGACCUUAAAUGCCAUAGUAUGACAAAUUUAUAUCACCAAAAAAAUGUACACCGGUAUUACCGUAGGCCAUAUGAUAUGGCACACCCCUAUAAAUGACUUCUGGAUAUUAUUUGCAAUUCCAUGUUGAGGAACAUCGUUCUUAAAAUUUUUGACUAGUGCACUUGAAAUCUUCUCUCUAAUGGCUGUUUCUAUUCUAUUUUGCUGUUGGAACACUUAAAACAAAUUUAGAGUUUAAAUGAUUUGCCAACCAUCAAAAUUUGAUUUUAACAACACAGGUUCCCAACUCUUUGCGUAUGGAGGUUGUGUUUGAAAAUACUUGUAUAAGUGAAUUGAGAAUGAGCAACAUGAACAAUUGAAUGGACUACUUCAUUGUCCUGCUGCAGGUGAACAAACAGAGCCAGAGGUGUCGCCGGCUGCAGAGACGUGCUGACGUGGCCUACCCUCUAGUGUCCGGUCCUCUCCCGCUGCCCAAAGGAGGAGGUGUGGGAGGAGGUGGAGGUCUAACAGGAGCUCUACUCGGUGUCGGGGUGUCAGGUAGCAGUAUGGGAAUGAGCAGUUCUCUCUAUCCCAAUGGGGGUUUACCAGCGUCAGGACUGGGCCAGCCUUGUUCCUGCCAGCAGUGUAUGCUGGUCCUCAGUGUGAAGGCUAACACAGGAGGACCAGGAGGCGGAGGCGCAGGGAUACAGACUCUAAGUAGACGCUCGCUGACCAUGCAACGGCCCAAGAACUCUGCAUCCUUCUCCUCCAAACCUCUGAGUCCGUCGAAAUCCGCCACUCUGGGCCGAGGUCAGCAGCAGAACUCCAACUCCAACUCCAACUACUACCAGACGCUCCCGCACGGCCUCGCCAUCUCAAAAAACGUCGCCUCCCCGAGGAGAAAUGCCCAGCUGUUUGCUCAGUCCCUUGCUGCUCUUACCGCUGGCACCUCCUCCCUGGGUAUCUCCUCAUCUUUGAACAGGCCGCCACCGCCAUCCCUGCCCCCUCCUCAGCCUCCAACAUCCAAUCAAAAUCCUCCGUCCAUCCCACCUAAACUCUCGGCCUCAUCAUCAGCCAACGACUCCGUGCCAACCGCCACAUUAAUCACACCUGCCAACAGCGUGACCACGCCUCCUUCCCCAGUGCCCUCCCCAUCACCAGUGGUGAUGAAGCCGCAGCGUAGCGCGUCAUCUGCCUCAUCAGUGUGCCAUGCCCCACUGCCACAGAGAUCGAGUUUAGCCGGGCUGAGUAGACCAGCUUUACAGAGGAUAGCGAUGGCUCAGUCCAGAGCCCUCAUCGCAUCAGGGUGAGUUCACAAAUUAACAAGCACAAACACACACAGCUACGCCAGAAAAACUGGGCGGAGACCUUUUGUGGUGCUUUACAUGGGCUGCAGAAGAAGUAAUUUUGGAGGCUGACUUUGAAACUGUUCACUGAUUACAAGCCAUGUGGUCCCUCCCCUUUGCAAAGCAGAGGCCACAGUAUUGAUUGUUUUAAGAAAUAAGGUCUAGUUUUGAAUUGUCAGACUACAGGAUAGUAUUUCACUUCACCUCAGUCCAUCUCAAAUAGGCUUGGGCAUUUUGGCAUUGUUUGGGUCAUAUUUGUAUAUAGUUUCCUCCCUCCAUGGUGCAGUCUUCACCUGCAUUUGUGGAUCUGAACAAACUUUGCUUAUAGACAAUGUUUUCCUCAAGUGAUUUAGCGCAUCGUGCAGUGAUUUCCACAGAGAAAGUAUCCAACCAACUUUUCAACACAGCUGUUUUUAACUGACACAUUUAACAAGAGAUACUGUGAUUUAGUGUUGGGGCUCCGUUUUGAAGUUGGUCAAAGGAUACAUUGUGGCACCUUUCGGUUUGCACUUCUGCCCCUUAUCAAGGGAAAAUGCAAAGAUUUGACAGGUAAAACAAAGUCAACUCUUGGCAUUAGGCCUGGGCGAUAUGGGAAAAAGUUGAUCACAAUAUUUUUUUUUCUUUUCAGUCGAUUCCGAUAUUUAUCACGAUACAAAAAAGGAAAUUUAACAGUGCUUAUUGGUAGCAUGUCUUUUGCAAUACAAUAAGCUACUGCAUCUUUGAGGUCUUUGUGUCUCUUUGAUGUUUUGUCGUAAGGUGUUGUGCUAGAGAAAGCGGACUGAACGGUCGGCUGUUUUGGCUACACAUGGGCUCCUUGCUCCGCUCGGGGUUUGUAACCUUGUGCACUGCGCGUGCUCUGCCGCAUGGCACUACUUUAGGUGGUGAAAAAGAUUGGAGGUAUUCCCUGACUUUGCAAGAACAUGUACUUGACCUCAAAAAAACAAAAUACUUUCAAGCCACUGAUGUUUUCAAGUCAGUGUUGUAGACGAUUUCAUCAUCUGUCCAGCCUUCAUCUGCGUUUCUGCCAGGGUUAACACUCAUUUUCUUUAAUCAAUUUCUUUAAUUAAGCACAUGAUUGGUUCAGCGCGAAACAGACCUGGAGCAAUUCCCCUUUUCAUUGGCUAUUUGUGUAGUCUACCAAAACAUGGCAGAAUGCCGACUAAUGAAAAGGCAUAUUGACCAUGUUUUAUAUUGGUAUUGAGGGAAAUUAAUUUUUGAUAUGCAUCGUUAUCGUUUUAUCGCCCAGCCCUACUUAGCGUCUUUGGCUGAUGAGUUGACUUCUUGUCCUGUUGGAGCAAAUCUAAGCAUCCACAUUUUUUCAUCAUUAUUGCAGUGUUAACAGUAAUGCUUAACAUCAUGAAGAAAUGCAGUUUCAGAAUAUCGGAUAAAGUCUCAGCUGUUUUUAUAUCAUGUUUUGAUUCAUUAAAGUUGUGAAAUUUGAAAGUAGUACACUGCAGACUGUCAUUUCAGAAUCAAUGCAGCUCAACAUUAAUUUGCUUCUUAUAGUGUCAUUAUCUUAAUAACAGUCUGAGUGCGUCUCUGCAUAUUUUCCCACACUGUGCAGCAUGCUUUCGAUUAUGAACGUUUAUUAAGUCUGCACAAGUAUGCAUCUGCAUCGAAAGGCUCCUGACAAAUGCUCAUCAGCUUGCUGACAUUUCCACAUGCCCACUCGCCUGUCCAAACACGUUAAACACUCGAACAAACAAGCAUGCCUGAGCAUGCAGAGCUAAACCCAUACACACACAUUCCCGUAAGUGUAAAUACAUCCUGUUUCUCCUAUCAUACAGUGUUUCUAGUGUAAUAAGGAUUCAUGCAUUUUUUACUCAAACACAGCAACUUCAUAUGAGUGACUCCUUAGAUUGAUCUUUAAACCUACAGAGAUAUGUUUUACAAGAUCGUUGUUGUUCAAGUUGCAGACCUACUCAGUAUUGAAUGUUAAUUUUCUGUGAUUAAAUGCUUGGUGUGUUGUGCAAAAUGUACUCAACAGACAUGAAAGUGAUGUUGCAUGAAGGACAGACAGAUUAGCAGGCAGAGGAGUGUAAAGAGGAAUUUUAAACAGUGAAAUAAAUCAGAUUUAGUGGAAGUGAAACUCCAUCUAUGUGUUACAUGUUACUAUAUACCAGUGGUUCUCAAGUCCAGUCCUAGAGGCACACCUGAUUCAAAUGAUCAGCUCGUUAUGAAGCCACUACAGAGCUUGAUAACGAGCUGAUCAUUUGAAUCAGGUGUGUUGGAGCAGGGAAACAUCCAAAACAUGCAGGACAGUGGGCCUCGAGGACUGGACUUGUGAACCACUGCUAUAUACCAAACUUUGGUGACAUUUGAUUUGAAAACCUCCUAAAAUUGAAGUCUUCAUAAAUGUGGAUAAAACGAAAAUUCACUGAUACAGAAAUUUGCGUCAAUAACCAACGUCAUUUGGUUGGUUUUGGAUGUGUGUAGGUAGGCUAUGGUCUCAUGUCCCUUUAAGAUGCUGUACUAUGUCAGAGACGUGACUCCACCUCAUCCAGUCCAUAACAAAGAGGGAUAGACAGGUGAGGAGAUGGAGGGCAGUUCAGAAAAGUUAAUGUGGGAGCGGGUGAGCAGCUCGUGGAGUAGUUAUUGUCCAUUUAUCGUUAUCGAGGUGAACUGCUCAAUAUAUUGUGAUAUUGAUUUGAGGCCAUAUCACCCAGCCCUAGGAUAAAUAACUCAAAGAGCCUCUUGAUAAACUGAAGAAAAAUGUCAAAUGUAAAACUGACUUUGUUUACUCACGCUCCCGAGUAGCUUUGUGUUUGUGUGUCAUGAGCGUGUGUUAAAAGUCAGCCAGGCCCUCUGUGUGUUGUCCAUCUGUGAGGCAGCAUCUGUAGAGCAGAGGGGGGGAGGAAGAGGAGGGGGGAGUGAGGGAGGGCAAACGAGUGUGAGGGCCACGGGUCAGAGGUACCUCCCUUUGUGGCUGAAGUCUGAAACCGCAGGAAGCCUGAGAAAACACACAGACAGAGCACACAGGAGCUGUAUCUACAUUGACUUUAAACGGAGGAUUGGUAAACCUGUAGCCUAACACAAGACAAUACCCAACAAGUUUCAAUCAGAUGUUUUUCAGCAUUGAUGAGAAGUCACGGUAUUUCAGGGGAAAUGGUUGACCACUAGUCUGGAUUUAGUCUCAGUUUCAGUCUCAGACUUUUUACAACCUUUAGCAGCAGAUCCUGAGCGAGAGAUACAAAGCUGGUGUACAUAUUGAAAGAGUGGUUCCUAAAAUGUUUCUUACAUUGUCACUUAGUUUUACAGUAUGUAUCUUGUCAUGACUAUUGUAAUCAUGAGGUUCUUGGUAUGAUGCACUGAAAAUUCAGCACCAACAAAGAGACUUAUCAACGAAACAACACUGCCGAAACUGGAUCAUUUGAUGAAGCAAGCAAAAAUUUGAGCCAGCACAGUUUCAGCCAAGAAUUUUCAUUUCGGUGCAUCCCUAGUUCUCGCCAUUGCGCAUCUCUUCUCCAGCCAUGCAAAAGAACUUCUGUGUUUUUUCAAGGAAGCCCAGUUCACACCCAGUAUCUGAAUUUGAGUUGCACUGAUAUGUAAGAUGCAGUCUGACUUAAGGGGGCUUCCUGAGAGGUACCUGAACUUAACCUACAGAAGUGCUGAUAGCUGUGAGAUACAAACAAACCCACUAUCCGCCACCAACUUGCUGAGGCAACGAAUUUAACAGACAGAUUUCACUCCUGCUUAAUGCAAAGAUUAGGAUGAGAUGCAAAACAAAAAGAAAUUGUUUUUAUUUAUUUCUCUUCCGACAUUAAUCGAUGUUUGACAGCAGCUGUGGAAACCAAAUCCAUUUUCCUGUAGGUUUGUGUCAAAAGGUGGUCAGACAUCAUGUCAGCUAGCACUCUAAGCAGCUCAUCUUGAUUGACAAGAAGACAUGUACACAGGUGACACUGUUGAGCGGUUGAGAAUGAUGGUAAAUCUGGGGGUGGGAUUGAGCUGCAUAAGAUGUUGGACAUAAAUCCACGUCACAUUUGAUUUGGUUUGGCUGCCGUCCUCUCUCCUCCUCUCUGCCUCCUGUCUCUGUUAUUGCCAUCAAUUCUUCAAGACUGUUUUCCUCCGACUUUUAUCCAAACUUAGAGCCAAUGUUAACUCAUUGAAUCCUGAGUCUUGUUACAACCUUGAGCACAUAGCUGUGCUUGUGUCAGCACUGAGCUCUCUUCUUUAAACUUCUUUGUCAGAAGUAAGGACUUGUGGAUUGAAUUCUGUUGGUCCUGGUGAACUGCUUUUGCAGUGUUUCUGGCUCUAUUUACCAUCUUGUGAGAGAUGUCACAAUUCAACCUGCGAAGGCUCUAAACAGAAAGAGAACUGGAUCGCAGAGAGACGUUGUGUUUGCAUUUUGUUAUGGAGCUGUUUUAUGAAAUUUGUUUUAUGAGCUUAAAUUCAGCCUCAAAAUUAGAAAAUAGCUUCUGAAACUGAAAGCAGGGUCAGAGAGUUUUUGAGAUGUAGAUUAUUUUGGAAGUACCCCCUCCCUCCUUAACCCUGUCGCUUUUUCCCUGCCCCCCCCCCCCCCCCCAUAUCCACAUCUCCUCUCCUUCCCUGGCUCCUCUCCUCUCAUCCCUCCUCCUCUCUCGUUGCGUCUCAGCAGUCUGGGCCCCUCAGAGUCUCAUUGUUGGUCUCCACAGUAACCUUUGUUGGAUUAGCCAAGCCUGGGCUGCAUUAGCAGCACAAUGCUGAGCCUCCACUCGUUUCUCUCUGCUUUCCUUCUCCCUCCCCCUCUCUCUGCUCCGGCCUGUCUCUGCUUUUUUUCCCCAACUUUAUCCUCCCCUUGUUUUUCCUCCAGUUUUUGCUGCGUUUCUUCCUGUUUCUUGUGUUUCUUGUCCUCUGAGAAAUUUGGGGCUUCUUAGUUUUGGAUAGGAUGCUAAACUUUAGGUUGCAUUCAUGAAAUAAGAUGGGUUUUUGAAACAGGAAAGUGAUUGAAUCCUCAAACAGAUCCAUGCUUUCCCUGAUCAAUAUUCAUAACAGGAAUACUUUGCAGAUCAAGAAGUAGACAAUGAUGCAGGUCCAAGUCAGCAUUGUUUCUUCCCCCAGACAGUCACAAUCCUCAGGAGAGGAGGGUGUGUGUGUGUGUGUGUGUGUGUGUACAGCUAUAUGUGUGUGGACAGUCUCCGUCUCAGACAGCGCUUAAGAAGAGGGCUCGUGGGAACGAGGAUGGGGUGGGGUGGGGGUGUGAGACAAAGAAACAAGUCAGCAAACUGUCAAAGAUUGAUCACACAGUAGUGCAAGAAAUCAGGCCAACACCAUGGAGAGAGAGGGAGGUGACACACACACACACACACACACACACACACACACACACACACACACACACACACUGUCCUUCACACUCACAUUCAGUAAAAGUAAAUAUUGACAAUCCAGAGGGGAGAUGCAGUGAAGAGGAAUGUGUGCUGUAGAUGUCUCUCUCUCUCCCUCUCCUGUGGGGGAGUUUAGGACUGAAACAAAGACUGUGGCGGCGCACACUUAAGAAGAGCAAAUUAAACAAGAGGGGGCUUCACGAAAGAAAAAAUGUGACUCCAUAAAGGAGAGUGAGAUAAGAACAGCAGAGCAGCGAGUGUGUUGGCACCUGUUCAGCUCAACAACAGGUUGCUGCUGCCUUUUUUUUUUUGUAUAUGUGGCCAAUAGAGGGAGCUGUUGGUACAGACAGGGAAAUCUUAUCAUGAACGCAGAAGGAAACUUUGAAUGUGUGAGAAAUAUGAAAAGAUUACACAUAUCAGUGACACUGACCUCGACUGAUAUAUUCGGCUCGGAUAAAAGGUUUCCACGGUAACUUUCUUCUGUUGUUUGGGUGGUUUCUUUCCAUUUCAAGCCUGAUUUUAAAAGCGACUGUGGUUGAUAGCAGUUCAGGAACACUGAUGUUAAGCCCCUUGUUUUCGGCAUUCAGUCAUUGUUAAUAGGCCACUCAUAAUACCCUGUAAGACACUUAUAACCCUAAUCCUAACCCUAAGUGUCAAUAAGCAUAAUUCACACAUUUGCUAGUACCUUUAACAAAAUUGUAGACUUAAAAACUUGCUUAAAUCUGUUAUAAACGAUAAAAGAAUGUUCAUAAAAAUUAUUAGACUUUUUAAUUCUUCAUGGUUAAUUAUAGGGUUACUUACUCUUAUUCAUGUUAAUAACAUCAAUGAGGUAUUAAUCGCUAAUGAAUGCUUAAUAGAAGGACUUAAAUAUGAAGUGUUUCCCAAAGUUUUUCCAUUCGUAUCAAUAACUAAUUCAUAUGCCUUAAAAAGGUUUAAGUAGAGCAAGCAAUAUUAGUUUCAUUAAAACAUAAUUUCAGACAAUAAUGUCCAAAUGAAAAAGAAAGUACCUAUUAACGUACCUGUUUUCAGAUGGAAAUGUUUCAGGUAUUAGAAGUUUUCAAACUGAAAAACUCCAAGAAACAUUUUUCAAGUUAGAUAUUAAAUGCAUUAACUCCACCAGCAGAUUAAAGCAAACUCAAAAGCUGUGUUCACUUACCAGUAUGCAUAAAAGUCCUGAAAAUAAAAAAAAGUAAAAAAACAACAACAUUCUAUUGUCAGUGUGAGGUAAAUGUGCGAAUGCAAACAACCCAAUUUAAUCCAGACUCUUCCUGUCAGCCCUCUCCAGAAUUUUUUUGUGAGACGUCAAGGCAAGUCAUUUUUGGUGACUUGUCACCAUUAGGUGAUAAUAGUGCAGGGAUUAUUCAUGAAAAGGUAACACAAGCUGGGAAUGGUGGUGUUUUUCCUGCUGACUCAGAAGAGCAACAUGCAACAGGACAGAUUAAAAAAAUAUUUAAAAUUGUAGAAAAAAUGAAACCGUUUUAAAGAGGGGAACAAGAUGUCUUCACUUGGUCAUUUUGCAGGAUGCCUUAAUAUAAACAGAAAAACAUCCUCAUAUUGUGGCUCUCUGUUCAUCUUUCAUCAUGCUGUUAUUAGAAGUGUACAAAAACUGCUGUACUAUUAGUAAAAAGGAGAUGCACGUUACUGAAUGUGUGUAGAUGAAAAUGAAUUGAUUUAUCAUUUAGUAAAAAACUAGAUGUUUUUUUUUUUAUGUCUGGUUCUAAAGCAAAAAGACUGGCACAAUAAAGAUAACAGAUAAAUGUUAUUACAUGACAAAUUUAAUGUUCAGUGCAGGGGAAAAGGUGUGACUAUGUGCUCCAAGAAAUGGAUUUCAAAACAUCUACAUAAGGGACGUCUUCAAAAAUCAAAUGUAUGUCAACUUUGUUGGAAAAUUAUAUGCUUGAAAAUUUCUAGAAAAUUUCUCUCGCAGUAAAGCAGAUUUUAGCAUUUCAUCCACUAUUAUUAUUUACUCGUGUGUUUGUGUUCUGAAAAGUUACAACAGUAGAAUCAGCUCUCUAAGAUUUCAGCUUAUAGCAGUGUCAUGAUCUUAUGAUAAAUAUCUAAUUCUAACACUUUUGAACUCGCCUACAAUGGUCUCUUUGUCUGCGGUCAUUGUCUGCGUAAGUUAUUUACACCCCUUCUCUGUCUGAUGAGAACUCACAGUUGCCGUAGAAACUUAGUAUAAUUCAAGUUGAUGCUACGAUUGCAAUCCACAACUGCAAGCUCUUUUCUAGUAUAUAGUCAUCAUCUUUUACAAAAACAGAGGAUGUCUUGUUUCAAAAGUGUGCCUGUGUGUGUGAGAUUUCCUGUUUCUUUAUGUGCGUCUGACUAUUUGUGUGUGAGAAUGUGUGGGACUGUGUUAUUGUCUAGAGUCUCAAUCAGUCCAGCUGAUGUCCAUCUGGGCCCGGGGGAGUAAGAGAAGGGGUAGAGGGGCCGAGGGACUGAGAGAGACAAAGCUGAGGGAGUGUGUGAUCUGGUGGGAAGCCGGCGGAGGGUAGGAGGGUGGGUUUAGGGUCACAGGGGGUCAAGAGACGAGAGUCCAGUUCAGACCCAUCCAUCCCUGAAAGGGGGAUGGGUCUUUUUUUGUAGCUCUUAGCCUUUUUUUUAUUCUUCUUCUCUGCUAUUCUGGUGGUCUGAGCUGCCAGACUUCUUCUUAGACUUCCUCUUUUUUGUAUUUAGAACAAAGGCAACGUAUACAAAAUAACGCGUUAACAUAUUAAAACACCUUUUUAACAAUUAUGCCAUCAUUUGGCUUUUAUUAACAAUGAAGUGGGUGAUCUCAUUUUAAAGUCGAGGGUAUGGUGUCCAUGAUGUCCAGUCACCAUGCACGACUCCUUGUAUGGUCAGAAGUUUAUGCUGCAUGUGCGCCAUGUGUCUGGAUUUGGUCGAGACAAUUUUCCACCGCAACGUCAGAGGAAGGCUAGCUGUGUGUCUGCGUGUCAUCAACACAUCACUGAGACAGCUUUCAAGUGUGUUAACAAACCACACGAAGCUUAUCCAGGAUCAGGUGUGACUCAACAUCCGCUUCACCUUAUACUCUACCUCCUUGCUAACACAGCAACCGGUUUCACAUUUAAAGCUCCAUUGACUGUCCACAGGUGAUCAGAGUGUGAAUAUAGGAUCAGUGUUUCCGUCACUCACGGAAUUGAUCCAGAGCAGAUCUGAUGAAGGUGUUUCCUACCGGGGAUCCACAGGUGGGGCACAGAGGAAGCUAUGAGUCAGUCCUGUCUCAUAAUAAAACAAGUCCUCAUGAUAAGUUUAAUAUCUUAAACCACUUUGACUUCAUGUGACAGCUGUGAGCUCGUUAACACGGAUAAAAAAUUGAUGCGAUUAUGAUUGUGGGGAUGUAGUCUCAAAGCUAAGUUAAAAGAAAGCGUGGUCGAUGUUUUUGUGAUCAUAAAAACACAGAAUUGAUACAACAUUGCAAUAUAUUCAAUAUGUAAUAUACAUUUUUUUAUGUUAAUGCCAGGUUGCAACCCCAACAGCGUACUUAUCAAAACCUGCAGUUCCUCAAGCAGCCACUUGAGGCUGGCUGUCAAAGUGAGUCAUUCCCCAUUUGGCCCCAUACUAAAAUGUCCAACAGCAGAUUUAAACAUGUUAACAACCUUAUAGAAAACACAUUUUGAUUUUUGACUCCUAAUGUCUCCGUUCAUCCCAAAUACGCAGAGCUAGUUUUCAUAAACUCAGUCAUUAUCACUUUAUUAAGUUUAAGGUUUUGCAUAACAGGAGAUCGUGGCAGGUUGUUGCUACUCUUGUUUCUGUUUCUGUUUAUUGGCUGUUUUUUUUUUUUUGUUUUUUUUUUUUGUAUUGUUGGUGCUUUUGGGAGGAUUCUAAUAAUUGUUAAAUUAGAAGUUUCAGCUUGUGGUUUAUUUCCCUUCUAGACCAUCAACCUUGAAGCCUGUGCUGCAGUUAGUUUUUUUCUUUUGUCACCUGAACAGCCAGUAAACAUGAUACUAAAAAAAAAGAAAAGAUUCAGCCCAUUAACCCGACUAAAGCUGGACUUUAGGGAUACAUUAAAACUUGUUUGUCUAACAAUGAUAUUUAGUUGGAUUUCUAAGAGUCAGACCGACAUACCCAAACACUUGAAUGUGGUUGAGGACUGGUUUUCUCCUGCAUGUGUAGAUCUCAGUCGACCCCAUUCUGGCAGCAUGUCCAGGCUUUAUCACAUCUCGCAGGAUACCAGUAGGGUACAACACUAACACUGCAGUCAUGUUUGUAUGAAACAAACACAAUGGCAACCGUAUUUCUGAACACAAAGGUUUAAAAGGCAGCAAACACACUGAUUGUUUACAACCUGUUUUUUUUUGGCCAUGAGCAGGUGUGAAGUGUUAAAUUUCCCUGAUGUCAAUUUACAUAGGUGGUCUCUUGUUUUCCCCUCUCUCUCUGUUUAUUCUUGGUCCUCUCUCUAAAACUGUGAAAUAACACCAUCACACACACACCAGCGCUGUUUGGACUUCCACACUCUCAAAUCCCAGUGAGUCAUUCACACGCGUGUCGUCAUGUGUGGCUGAGUCGGGUUAAGUAAAAGCAGCUUAGUGAUCUGACAGACAAGGCUGUUAAAACUAAACCAGAGACAGGAAACAACAGAUCAUUGCUGCACUCUGUCCUCCUGCCUGCACACGUCUCUUCCUCUGUGUGUGUGUGUGUGUGUGUGUGUGGUCAUUUUUACGACUUGCAGACAAAGGACAACCCUGUCCUGUGAGGACUGUAGCGCCACAUACACUCUCAACCAUCGGCGUGUGAGUGUUUGUGUGUUUUGUUGUUGAGUCUGAGUAUCCUCCAGGUCAAUAAGUGUAGUCUAUAACGGGCUGCCUCUGACCUCGGCUGAAAAGCUGUGUUGGCACAUUUUGACGUCAGCUGCGUGGUUUAUUAUCACACGACCUCAGCGUUUAAAGGCCACGUUAGUCAUUUUUAACCCAGGGCUGUUUGUCAGUAUAUUUUUGGGUCUACAAUGACUUACUGUGACCUAAAUAAAUAGUUUUUAAUUCAUCAACACAGCUUACUUUAAGGCUGGAUCCAAGUCAUUUGAGGUUAACUCUUUCUUUAAAGCAGGUCUGUUAAAGAAGUCAUUCAGUCUGUAAUGUUUGACAACAACAUUGCCGCACUGAAAGCUACUAAAUUGAAAUGAAAGCAAAAAAAAAGCAACAAAUAUUACAAUAAAACUAUCUAAAAAAGGCACAUUUAUGCAUAAGGAAUAAGCCGAUACAGUCCCUUUGUUUGCGUAACAUUUGGUCCUAUCAGCCACUUUGAGUCCAAAAUGAAAAAAAUAUAUUUUUUUAUGACUCAAGUGAAUAAGUGUUUUUUUUUUUUUUUUUUUUUGAAACAGUUAAAUGAUUAUGAUUGUCUCAUGACUAUUCAAGGAACCAUAUUUCCCCCCAAAAAUACACAUCACAUUAGUCAGUUUUAAAGAUCUAUUCUUGGAAAGAAAAUGUGAUUUUUUACAAGAAAAAAAAUUGGUUUAAAAAUUGUAAAACAAAAAAUCGUGAUACUUAUGUGAAUCAAUUUUUCUCCCACCCCCACAUUUUGGAUAAGUAAGAUGGAAAAAAAAAAAUCACAACACCCUUUCUAAAUAUAAGGGUCCAUUAUCUGUUGUUGACUUAUCUUCUUAAACAUCAGUCCAUCCAUACAUCUUAAGCCUAAGUAAGGUGAACAGACAAGGCGCCACACACAAACUACAACUGCCAUAUUGCUGGAACAGAGUACUGCCAUCAUUAUGCUUUUAUACUGACACCCUGCAAUCUGUGAAGGCGUAGUAUUGGUUUCCCAGCAUGUCGUUACGUCAUUGCAGGAGUGUAAGCAGCACGGCUUGUCAACACAUAGCAGAAGCUAUACACACAGCACUGUUCCUGCCAGCUCUGGCGCCAAAUAUCGCUACCUUUUUUCCCCCCAUUUUGCCUUUUUUACUACCUCAGAGGUGGAACAACUUCACCCCACCAUCAUGUCUUUGGGAGUUACACAUUACACUUAAAUAUCCCACGUCAGUAUAUAAGCGUCUAUUGUUUCCUACAUGUAAAUGAUACCUGAAUGGCCCACCGGUAUAUGUUUAGAAACCAUUUUCUCCCCCUACUCAAAUAAAACUGUUGCCUGUUAUGAAGGCGCCAGUUUUUGAACUUGUAGCAAAUGUUCAAUCAGUACUAUAACAGUGAAUAAAAAGUACCUUUAGUGAACUUUUAAACACGGACCACCACCGGUGAUCAGAGUGGAUGUGAGUUGUUUUUAAUGACCUUGUGGGACUAGUAAAAUGAGCUUGUUUGUGUGUCACCUAAAGACACUGAUGACGAUGGUGAUGGUGAGGGGCUUUGUAACGGGGCAGGUUAAUCCCUCAUGAGCUGCUCCGUGACGGUGAGUUCUCUGAGCUCACUGAGUAGGUGGGAACUCGACAGACGAGGAGAAAUUGAAGAGCGCUUCAUAACAGAAAGACAUCGGGUCUCUUUUUCAGUCGACGCUUUCUUGUAUCUUUGUAAAACAUUAACUUUGAUUUUUGAGUUUAAAAAUGACUAUCAUCUCUUUUUCUAAGUAAGUAUUUAGAAGUUGAGUCCUUUUUUGAUGAGAUUUCAUGAUAAAAAUGCACUAAAUAGUUUCUCCUCUCUUUGCAGUGUGCCCACUGUUCCAGUGAAGAACCUCAACGGAUCGAGCCCCGUUCACCCAGCCCUCGCUGGUAAGAAAACACACUCAAAAAACCUCUGGCUGCUACUCACAGAUAGAAAAGAAAUCAAACUUUGAUAAGACUCUUUCCAGAAUUCCACUGGUUGAUGUUUUUCCUUGUCUAAGCAGACUCCUCUGAUGUGUUUUUAGGCAUCACAGGUAUCCUGAUGAGUGCUGCCGCUCUACCAGUGUGUCUGACCCGGCCUCCUAAACUCGUGCUGCACCCCCCUCCUGUCAGCAAGAGCGAUAUUAAACCCGUGCCAGGCUUAGGCCAUUGCUGCAGAAAGACCACCAAGAAGCAGGCUCGCAAAGGUGAGUAACAGCCUUGGAGAAAGAAACAUUUAUCGGGGAUGUGAUUUAACCAGAUUCACCCCCCAGAAAGAGGACCCACGAGACCCAAAAUAUCCAUGGGAAUGCAAAUUGGUAACCCUUUAUUGAUGGUGAUCGUUGCUGUGCUGUGGAAGUGUUGUACGGUAAAAGUCUGAAGAUAUUAUAAUGAGCACUAAGUUUUAGUAUGUAUUAGUUACAAAAGCAGAUAUAUUGCUAUUACAACUCCCUAAUUAUUAGUGAUAAUGGUGUGUAAAAGAUGCCUUUUUGACUCUGUGGGCUGUCUGAACUACUGCUGUGCUUCAUAAAGACUUUGCAUAAGCAACGGCAAAAUUAAAAUAAACAGUUAACUUAAAAACUUUUGAUAAUUUUAAUUCUUUGAAUAACUUACAUUUUUAAACUCUGAUUAAAAGAAAAAAUUUUCCCUCAUUCUCACUCUGUCUCUUCACUCGUUUCAGUCACUCUGGGGUCUACCGCACUACUGCACUCGUGUUGCUUUGCUUUUGCGGAGAGCUGCGAGAUAAUCAUGGGGGAUUCACAGUUUUAACUACUAAUUCAAAACAAGCCCAAAAAACGCAACCCACGACAAGUUAAACAAGCGACUUUUGAGAAAAACAAGCCCAAAGUCGCUUAUAAUAAGUGGACUUGGCAACUAUGUCCUUGUGCUGCUUGAUUUGAGCGCAGCCUUUGACACAAUCGAUCUUGAAAUACUUUGAGAUUGGCUUCACAAUCUUGUUGGCAUUUCUGGUAUUGUUUUUAAUGGGUUUAAAUCUUCUAUCACUUUGUUUGCAGCCUGUUCAUCUUCUGUCCCUCUGUUUUCUGUCUGCAGGUAAAACUCCAGAGGAGGUGGUAAAGAAGUACCUACAGAAAGUAAAAAGUCCACCAGAGGAGGUACGGAUGCUUUUUAAAUUAAUCUCUGAUAUGUCUGAUUGUAAACGAUGGUUGUAUUUUUUUACUAUUUGAUUACUUUAUGUAGCACCUUGAAUUACUGCUGUGUAAAAAAAAAAAAAAGCAGCUUAUUUAUUAUCUAUUUUAUCUAGGGCUUUUAUGUGAUCGCUAAGAGCUAUAAAAGUUUUUAAAACGCUGUGAAAACUGCUGUGAUGGAAGUUUGAGGACACAUCCAUCCAAAAAAGUUCAUGUUUUUGUCACCAACAAGUUCAAGAAUUUAUUCUCUGAAAAUUUUAUCAUAUAUAUUUGUUAGGUCUAAAACCUGCCCAAAUACCUGAAAACAUACAAAGAAGAGAAAGACAAUGGUUUAUGCUCGAGGAGAAUGGACAGAGAUAGCAUCAGGUGUUUUCUUAAGACCUCUCUGAGAGUGGUUUUCUGUCCGGCCUCUUUUAUUUAGGGUUGUCCCUGGUUACACAAUGUUUCUAAAGGGUGGGGGAAAAAUAUGUGCAGCAACGUAAGCAUAUUCAUAAAACAUAAUAAUGAACAACUGUGAAUAUGUGAAGGUCAAGGCGGCAUCUAACGAGCUCCUUCUGAUAAGAGCAGAUCCUCCUCUAACUUCCCACGAUUCAUAGUGGAGGAUACAUCACACACACCUGCUGAUAAGAGAAACGAGUUCACAGAGAAGUUAAGAAACAUUCAUGUGCUGUGUAAUUAAGCUAUUGGAGAGAGAAGUUAGAAAACACUCUUAUAUGUGUAACAAGAGGUCAAAACAGUUUAUACUUGUAGUAAACUCUUACAUAAGAAUAUGAGGAAUAAUGAUAACUUCUAUAUACAUUUAUGCACAUUAUUCUAACAAUAUCCCUACAGAAAAAGACCUGUUCCAUAUUUUAACCUGAGACAGCUGUCUAAUGGCUCUCUGAAAAAAGCGCCAGACUCCACUGAUAAAUAAACCAUUAACUUAAACUCACAGAACAUUGAAGUUGUUUGUCUGUUCAUAUUUUUUUUCCCUUUUUUGUGUCAUUAUUAGUGACAUAAACAAUGAAUUGUAACAACAUAAGCUGUGAUCGAGACCAUUGUUAUUCAUUAACGCUGAUCGAGAAAGUGAUAGACCAGCAACUCCUGCAUUCAAAAAUGAGUCAAAAUUACAGCUUUUGUCUGUGGAGUCUGGCUGCUGCAACAGAGGCAAAAUAAAGAUCUCUGUCGGUUAAAAACAAGUUAUUUUAUAGGAAACAUUUCUUUAAUGUUGCUAAACACUGAGCAUGUCAGAAAUGCGCUUUGACUUGAUGAAAACAGUGUGGGUUCAGACACAAUCCUUUGCCUUAUAACUCUUAAUUUGUUCUUGGUUCACUUUGACCCAUGUAGAUGUAAGUUUUAAGAAAAGGUUUCAUCUUGCCUUGUCUUUCUCAGGAUUGUACCAUCUGCAUGGAGCCGUUAGGGGGUCCAUCCGGGUAUAAAGGUCCAGGAGUGGGUCCUGUGUCUCGGGCUGAGUCUGUUGGGAGACUAGCACAGUGUGGACACCAGUACCAUUUUCAGUGUCUGGUGGCAAUGUACAACAACGGCAACAAAGAUGGGAGGUAGGUUACCCCAUAUGACACAUUAUUGUCUCUUCACUUUGCUGAGUAAAAGCUCUAACAUACAGUAGUGUGAAAGACUGUUUUUCUUAUUUUUUUGUAAAUCAAAUGUCUCCUCAGUCUUCAGUGUCCCACCUGUAAAACCAUCUACGGCGUGAAGACAGGCAACCAACCUGCAGGGAAGAUGGAGUAUCACGUCAUCCCUCACUCUCUCCCCGGGCAUCCUGACUGCAAAACCAUUCGCAUCAUCUACAACAUCCCACCAGGCAUUCAGGUACCAAAGAUGAGCAGUGUCACUCCUAGGGCUCUAAUUUCGUGCCUUGCCAGCGGCGUGGCAGGGGUACAUUAUACGUCAGGUCCGCCACGCUGAUGAGCCAUGUCCAAGCACACUUUGGUAUUUUGGUGUGUGGUGCAGCCUAGUGCAAUUAUCCCCCCUCCCUAACUCAGCUCCUCCCAGUGGCGUAAGUAGAGAAGAGGGAGGAGAUAAGGCGUUGAGUGGUUUUAACACAGCUGUGUCCUGUUUUGACCAAUCACAUCAGCUCCUCUCCUCACCUUUAAAUCCGCCACGGGCGAGGCGUUUUAUAAUUUUCAUGAAGUCGUCAAAGAGAUGGCUGAAGAAAGCAACGCCACAAGAUUGUGAGAGUAGGCAGCCCCUCAACAAGUGUCGCAAAUUACGAAUUAAUUAUAUUGUUAACUUCAUCAUGUGUGACUAUUUACUAGAUAUUUAAUUUAAUGUGAUUUCAACUGUGUUAAUUCGGUCAGGUUGAGUGUCCAAACACGUACCAAACACGCUCGUCAAGUAAGAUAUAGAUCAGAAUAUAUUGAUAUAGAUCUAAAUGUAUAUGCUGACUCAGAUAGUUGCACUGAAUAUUGGUUGUUGUUGAUUAUUGAUUGCACUGAAACGUGGCUGACACUGUGGAAACCUGCCUGUGAGGCAUCGGUGAAGUGUGCGCACUGCUUUGCUAGUCUACCAAAAUACCACUUGACCAGCUGCGCUCCGCCUGCGCUGAAAGCUGAUCAGGUUAAAAUCGGCUUUCAAAACACUUUCUAUGACGCAGGCGGGCACGAAAAUAUCACCUUAGUGCACCAAGCUGGGCGAAAAUACCAAACUGGCUGUGCGCUGUGCUGCGCUGCACUAAAAUAAACACUGCACGGGGGUGCACCACUGUGCGCCAUGCCAUUGGCGGCCACAAAAAUAGAGCCCCUAGAUCCUGAGUCUCUUUUCUUUCUGUGUCUGAUCAUUUGAUAGUUCGUAUCAGAAACACACAUGGUAAAGGCAUUGGGGAAACACAACUUGCAUUUCAAAGCGUUACACCUACUCCAUGCGUGGACAAGGCUCGUCAUUGUCAUUCAGUCCAAAACUCCGAUAGUUCAGAUGCAAAACAAAGAUACUUCAAAAGGACAUCUGCAGCAACCAUCUGCCCCACCGGCAUGAGAAGGUUUUUAAUUAACAUAAACAGCAAUCAGUGCAUCAUCAGGAGUGAUGCACUGAAGGACCACCUCUCUGUCUCUCUCUGAUUACCUGCUGAGCAUCAGUCAGGUGCUCCUGGCUGUGAGAGAGAAGCAAAAAGAGGGGCUCUGAAUACUUGCUGAAAAUAUAAAAAAUAUAUAUACUUAGGCGGCCUAUCUGAGAGUUGUUUUAGUGAGGAAAAUGCAUACAGAGGCACCAAUGGAGCGAUGCGUGCAGUGUAGGUUCCUUAAUCUGUUUCUUUAUUUCCAAACAUCAAAGAACAUUUUUAUGAUUUUUUUGCAUCACCUAAGGAUCCAAUCUGCUACUGCUUAUCCAUUUCAGAAGUCAUUUUAUGUUUUACUCUGAUAGCUGGGUUAACAAGAGCAGCAAAGAGGUCUCAUGGAGUUAGGACACGGUGACAGCAGCCCUGCCUUUCUAAUCUUCUAAUUUUCCUCCUUCCUUACAGGGACCAGAGCAUCCAAACCCAGGGAAGCCCUUCACUGCCAGAGGCUUCCCCCGACACUGCUACCUCCCAGACAGCGAGAAAGGACGCAAGGUGAUAAAAUCCACCUUAGCUGUAACACACACCCCCAUUUAUGAAAACUAACCCUAAAUUACUUUUGGGGUUUUUGGAAAUACUUAUAUUUAACAGACUGCAGUGGUGUUUGGUUGGUUUACUAUUUGAUAAAAUUAGUCACUUUAAUUCUAUUUCUUUAAAUAUUUAUAAGUCAUAUAACUUUAAACCUUUCCACCUAAAUGAUUCAUUGGGGUUAUUUUUAAGUAUUAACUCAGAUUGAAUAAUAUAGUAUAGUAUUAAGAAUGCAAACAAGCUGUGUACUAGGGAUACCACAGAGUUGGUACGUGGUUGAGUAUUUUGUAAUAAACUCCUUUGGUCCUCAUAUAUGCAUAUUUAUGUAUUUAUUUAUUUAUUUUUACCUGUCUUCAGGUACUAAGAUUGCUUCUGGUAGCGUGGGACCGCAGGUUGAUCUUCUCAGUCGGUACUUCGAGCACUACAGGAGAGUCGGACACCGUCAUCUGGAACGAGGUACAGCCAACAACAAUGAAGAGAGAGACAAGAGAUUGAUACCAUAGGAUGUUUUCUGCUGGGUCCCUCCUAACACUGCCUCACUCAAAAGAAGAGGAAACCAGCAGAACCUUAAAUAUCAAAUCUAGAGAGUGUCAGGUCAAGAUGCAAAUAAACAAUGUUCAGUAGAGGCUGCAUGAUUCACUCUGAAAAAAAAAGCAAAGAUUGCAUAGGUUAGAAAUUUCUGUUGCGCCCCUUGUGAAGAAAGCAGACUUUAGGUCCUUACACACUGGGGCUGAUGCGAAUAUAGAACGCGAAAUUACGAAAUAUUCGGAGGCGGAUUUUGACGCGCCUGACUAUACACAUCAAGCCUGAUGUGAUUUUGCGACGGGGGGGCAUCCUGGGUAGAAGCAAGAAGACUGACACCACGGCAGAAUGACUGUUUUUCAGUUCUGAUUAGACACUAAUGUUGAGAUGGCUGUCUGUCAUGAUAGCAUGUGCUGCAUCGGGGCCAGUAACAGAUAAACACAUUAAACUAUAAUCCAUAAACAUAAGGUAACAACCGAGACCUAAUGGUGCUGUGACAGCAACACAAUUGAGUCUGAGACAGUGAAAAUACAUAUGGUAUGUUGUAUCUGAACAGAUUAGCUUACGAGCUGAAGUUACUUAGCACAGAUGAAAGUUAAAACAAAGACGUUUAGCAAACUGUUAAAGCACACAAACCAUCGUCAUAGGAGAAAUCCGACACUAUGACUCUCUACAAGUUGUCCUUCAGGUCGUUAUCUUUGUAAUGUUUGUGUUUUUAAUCAAAAAGCACAAUCAGCCGGUCAGCCAUGUUGGAUAUACCGGUGAAUCAGAUGUCGCAACAACACGCAGUCUGAUUGGUCCGAAGUGAACACACAGUAUCUGAAACUUUAGAAAAUCUAAAAAUCUAAAAAAAAAUAAAUGCUGCAAUAUCGCAGGACAGGAAAACGUCACUGAUGUGAACGCUUGUAUUGACAGGAUACGGGUUCGAAAAAUAAUAUCGACGUCCGAAAUAAUCGCACAUAAAAAAACGCUCCUGGUGUGUAAGGACCUUUAGCCGUGCUUGACCUGUACAGGCAUCAGAAUAAAAAGUCUUAUCUUGCUGACUUUUGACAAUCAAAUGUACCAUUUACUGUGACAAAAGAAUGCAUAAAUUGUAAAUUGUCGCUGAAACUAGAAUUCAGUUGGAUCAGGUUUGUGUUUAUCUAAGAGUUCAAAGGAAAUUAAAGAAGUAUUUUUUGCCCCAUCUUCAAGGUUCACCAUAAGACAGAGUUUGGCUCCAACCUGACGGGCCACGGCUUCCCCGACCCCGGACACCUGGACAACGUGCUGGAGGAGCUCCGAGCCCAGGGCAUCACAGAGGAUGAUGCUCUGAUGGAGAAGUGAAAGAAUGAGCGCAGAGGAGAAGAAGAAACAAAGAAGAUGAGGAUCUAAAUAACAGCCGACGACAGAGGGAAAAAGUGGAGGUCCUGGACUGAGACAGACUCUCUCUGCCAGCACUUAAAUAAAACAGGGUUCAGGGGGGCGAUUGGGGUUAGCGAAGAUUGAUUUUGUUUCACAGGGGUAACCACUUUCAAGAUGUGGAUCAAGUCACUGCUGGAUCCGCCUGUCAAUGCCAGUCCGUCCGAACAACAGAGGUCGGGAGGUAGUCUGAAGUAACUGCAGCACAGACAGGAAAGCUGCACAGAAAAGGAGGAGGAUCACACUCACGGUUUUUAGCCUCUACAGCAAGGCACUAAAUGUCAGGAAGUGAGAAUGAAUCGGUACUAACAUUUAGGACAAAAACAAGUUUACUUUACUGAGAGAAAGAGUAACAAAAAAAAAAGAAGGAAAACGUUUGCGCGGUUCAAUAAAAAUGGUAGAGCAAAGAGAGAGAAGCAGGAGCAGAAGGGGAGGGGAAAGGAGGACAGGAGGAAAGAGUGGAGGGGUGACAGCAGAAAGAUGGAAAAGAUGGCGUCUGAAUGUAGCGUAGGAUAGGAGUAGAGUAAACUAACUUUUUUGGAACUUUAGAGAAGGCUGCAAACACAAAGAAACCAAGAGUGUGAGGAGGAAGAGUCCGACUGCGUGAGCUUAGUCUGAACCACUCGCCUGCAUGUGGAUAAACUGUGGUGCCGUUGCUCCCUCUUGUGGUGACGCUGAUGAACUACACUUUGCCUGGAAGCUACUGGAACAAAUCCAAUCGAUACUAUGAGUUCUGCACCUGUGUUACUGUUUUUAUCAUUGUUACUUAAAUCCUCAUUUAACACCAUUCCAUACUUUACCUCCUACUUUCUACUCAAUGAGUUUUUGUACGAUCCGUUCAUUCAUGAUUGUGUGUGUGAAAUGACAAAAGACCAAACUCAGGCCGAGUCGUUCAGCCUCUUUGGAGUCUUACUAUUGAGCCACUGUGGUACGAGUUAACCUUAGAUACACAGGUACCAGUAUUUACUGAUAUAUCUGUAUUUUAUUUUUAUUCAUGCUGACAGUUCACACAGAUAUUAAUGCUGUUUUGUGCCCUGAACAUGAGACACCAGUUUAAAAGAACAAACUGAUGACGAGAGUUGAAAGCUGAGGGGUUGUUUGUGAAUCAAAAGCCCCGCCGAUUGUGCAGUGUGUUGAGAAAGAGGGGAAGACAGAGAGAACGCAAACUGAAAACACAAGGUUAAAAAUAUGAUGGAGCUGUUCAUUAAUGAUGCAAACUUACUUUUAAAGCCGCAACAUGAAAAAUAUUAACCCCCCAAAAAUCAGAUUUAGGUAAAGUAUUUCAAAAAUUAAAUUUUAAGUGGUUUUUAUUUUUUUUCCCUUCAACAUUAAAACUAUUCUUAAUCUUUCAGAGUGAAUCUAUUCAAGGGCUCAUUUAAAGUCUCCAAAACAUCAAGUCGUUGUUCUGUUCCACUUAUUGAUUCAUGCUUUCCAAAAAAAAAAAAAAAAACUGAGUAGGUUAUGUCUUAUCUGGAACGUUAAAUUGAAUCAACAAAUGUUGUAAUCAAAGUCUGAAAUUAUCUUUUCGACCCAGCCCAGUUGGCAAACAGCUGAAAAAAAUCACUGGCCAAUCACACUUUUGAUUUGAUUCAUAUUAAGUGGUGUUUUUAUGCAUUGCACAAUAUAUCUUAUUAUUAAAUCCUAAAUAUCACCAAAAAGAUAGAAGUCUUACUCCCAAAAACAGAAGUCGCAGCUCGACAGCCAUUGUUAUGAGGAACAGUUUGUAGUUCCCUGACCAUUUUGGUAAAAAUGUUUACUGGCCAUAAAGCACAAAGAAAGAAAAUCUGCCCACAAUUGAUGCUUGGCAGGUGCUGAUUUCAGGCCCUGAUUGUAAUAUGUCCCCUGUUUUUUUUUUUGUUUUUGUUUUUUAGUACAAUAAGUAAAAAUUAGGAGCAAUUUGAGUCCUGAAAAGAUCAUGUAUUGGUUGAACAAAAAGAGCAUAAGAAGUAUUCAUUUGGUAGUCAGUAAUCAGAUCUGUCUUCUCUUUUCUCUUCCUCUCCUUAAUGGUAGCCAACACACUGCCCAGUCUGAUUAGGUAACAAGGUGUGUGUGAGUGUGUGAAUGUGUGUGUGAGAGAGAGAAAUUCUGUGUAGUGUGUUUACUGCCAACAUGCUCCCAGUUUUGGCUUUUAUUUUGGUACUCCACAGGAGUCCCAUCAUCCUGUAGCUCUGGUGAUGGUUCUCCCUGUACGGUAACUUCAGUAUGCUAAUUUUCAUUUUUUUUAAUAUUAAAUAUAGUUACACUUUUGUUAUUAUAGCAUUUUUCUUCAUAUAAUUAUAGAGUAAACUGCCUUCUUUCAUUUUGUACAUGUACGAUAUGUUAAUUUUGCCCUUUUUUAACUUGUUACUUUUGGUUUACAAAGACAGUAUUGUUAAAUACAGAGUCUUUUUGUCGUGUACAGACGUUAAGCUGAUUUGCAUUGUCUUUUCUUUGGAAAAGUAAUCUGAUGGUAGACUUUUAUCUGAGUGUGAAUUGUACUGAAAUUUAAUAGUGAGUAAAAGCCCAUGUAUGCUUGCUUUUCUGUGAUGUAAAGAUUCAUUUUCCACAUGUUGUUUGUCCAGUUUCUGGUCUGCACUGAGGCUGUAUCCCAGAAUUUAAGAUCUCUGAAGUUUGCAUUAAGUUGCUCCUAGUGUCAUAUUUUCAGCUUUUUAGGAUGAAUAAUGGAGCCAGUUCAACAAAAAAAAUAAUGUUGAGAGGUGGAGGAUUUUUAUACAUUUUUUAACUUUAUUUUUCCUGCAUUCUUGACAUUUUAAUACUUUUUUUAAAACUUUUGAAACACAAUUUUUUAAGUUGUUAAUUAUGCAAAGUUGCCCUUGUUGAAUUGACCUUUUGCUUUUAUUGAGAGUCAGUUUAUUUAAGAACCAGACAUUUAAUAAGUUAAACCACAGUCAGUUUCCUAGUUUUUGAUUGUUGAGUUACUCCAUGUCACCAUCAACACUGAGUCAACAUUGAGGAUUACCUGUUGCCAUGAUGUAAUUUUGAGUGAAAACACAGGUUGUGUUAUUUGGAGGACAUCAGAAGUAAUGAGCUGCUUAUCAAAGGAUCCGGCACAAACAGCUGAAGAAAAAGGGGGAAGCAAUUAAAUGAUUUCUGUAUUUUCUGAAUAACUACUUUCAAUCAGCGAUCACAGCCCUGUUAGGUUUUCUAAGUACAUACCCCACCUUUCAGAUAUCAAUGAACACCAUCCGCUGUGAUUUUUUUUUUUUUUAAUUUUUUAAUUGUUGGAGACUAAAAUCUGUGAUUUUGAUGCAGUCUGUUAUUCCUCUAUGGCAGAUUGUUACUAUGGAGAACAGACUGUUGCUAGGGAUGCAGUAGACUCCAGUGGACCGAAUGUGCGAUCUGACCAUCUUAUUUUGUGAAGGAUUAAAAAAUGAUGACGAUCUGCCAAAGCACAGAGAUCGUAGAACCGGUUAUAGUGCGCAUCAUGUCCCUAAUGUGUCUAAAUAAAUGCCUUGCCCUCUCAAAUCAAAAUUUUUAAAGUUGGAAAAGCACAUUUUAAUUCACCCACAGUAUUAAUGCGUUACAAGUUGAUAAAACUAACAGCAGUAGCAAAAAAAUUUAAGUAAGUUUCAUCUGUUUUUUAUUAUUUAUAAGACCUUUCAUUUUGUACUCAUUGAUUUUGUGUGUGAUGUCUCAUUUUAGGUUCAAAUUUAUUUCAGAAUAAGACCACCUUGUUAAGAUAAAUGUUAUUCUGUUGGUUGGCAAAAUCUGGACAUUUUAUUUUAUUUAUUAUUUCUAUUUCUUCUUUUAAACAGUUGUCUUCAACAUUUCACUUUAUUUUCUUUCAAAAUACAAAUUAGAAUAAAGUCCUCCUCCUCUCAAUCUAAUUUUUAAAAACUCCUUCAUAUUUCAAAGCAUUAGUGUCAAAGUACAGGCAGCAGAGUGAAAAAGAUUCUUAAAUAUUGAAAAAAAUUAUGGGAUCACAUCUUUCUCUUGUUGCGGCAGUUUUGUCGCUCAGUCUGGCCCAAACACUCUACAACAAUAUAAAAAAACACAGAUUUUGUAUGAUCAGUAAAUCACUUCUGUUGAUUUUUAAUACGUAUUGUGAUCAUGAAAAGAACUUUUGUGGCAUUGAAUCAGACAUAAAACAUCAAACUAGUUAUAUCACUCUAUUUUCUGGGUUGGUUCACUUGGUGAAGUGAGGUCAAUAUGAUGAGUGACCUCAGGUUUCUUUGAGAAAGAAUAAUGGUCAAUGGUUAUUUUGAGGCUGUGGUGGUGUGAGCAAUUCAGAUCUCCUCUUAUGUUGCCCCUUUAGUUUUCUUUUCCACCAGCAGGACUUCAUCUCUUCUGAAGGCAAUAUCUACUUUAAAAAAAUACCUGUCUGUGGAUACAGGCCCAGUGUGAUUGUCUUGUUGUGUAUGAGAGGUCAGGGGUGGGACACGGGUGAUCAUAGGUGCUGGUAUGGAAGAGAAAGCUUCAAAACAUGAUAUAAGCAAAGUGUAAAUACAACAAAAAUAACUGCUGGAGUAUGAGUGAUUAAUACAACAAAAAAUAAAGAAUGAGUGAAAAUUAUAGUGUGUUUUGUGUUUAACUUUUGCGACAAAAAAUGAUCACAACUGGAGAUAUCUUCACCUUUCGUCUAUUUGAUAUAUUUACACUUGUGAUUAUACACUUUAUUUGAUGAUGGAGCCUCGUAAUUGAUGAAACUUUGAGUUUAAAAAGGUGUCCUGAAGCUGCCAAUUGUUCCACAGCUUGUGCUCAGAAAUAUUUAACCUGCUUCUUCCAACAACCGUCUCUGUGCUGCAUAAGGAUAAUUCUCAGUUCCACUGUUGUUGCUCACCAAGGGAACACCAUCUCCACAAAUUUUAGCUGUGCACCUGGAAUGCAUUUAUCGACAGGUUACCCUACCCCACUGAGGAUUGAGGAAAAUUUUCAUUUUGCAAAAUUUUCUAUCAAAAAAUGAAGGGUACAUACAGUAAAAUGGCCCCAAAAAAAAUUUUCUCGCAAUGUUUAUGCUAGAGCAGACCCUCUAAUUAUUGGUUUUUAGGGUCAAAGUUAAUAGAAAAAGCACAAAAUUUAUUUUUGAGACCUUGGCUCUCCGAGUAUUUCUUAUUGGAACUUAAAUAAGUAGCCAUAGUCAAGUGCAGAGGACACCAAAAAGGAGACAGCAGAGUAGCAAGAGGAAAUAAUGCUGCAGAAAUGGCAGCAAAAGCCGUCGCAUGAUACAAUGUGAAUGGGCAAAUUACACAAAAAGCAGUAAGUCAUAAACUGUGCGAUGGGGCACCUCUGUCUAAAGCAGUGGUUCUUAAGUCCAGUCCUCAAGGCCCACUGUCCUGCAUGUGUUGGAUGUUUCCCUGCUCCAACACACCUGAUUCAAAUGAUCAGCUCGUUAUCAAGCUCUGUAAUGGUUUAAUAACGAGCUGAUCAUUUGAAUCAGGUGUGUUGGAGCAGGGAAACAUCCAAAACAUGCAAGACAGUGGGCCUCGAGGACUGGACUUGAGAACCACUGAUCCAAAGUAUACUGUAUCACCAUGGUCAUUAAUGAUACAGUCCCCCAUACCACCUCUCACUGGUGUCUCCCUCUUUGAGCCUGAAGAGGGUGAGACUGCAGCUUACGAGGAUGCUAAUGAAGACCGUUGUUUGUACCCCUGAACUUCUAUAGAUACACAUGUGUUGCUAAAGUUACCACAUAUCCACAUAUAGCAUUACACACACAUGGAGGUGUGAGACUCGUAGUUUUCUUUUUUGAUUAUUGUGCUCAUUGCGGACAUGCUAUCAGUAGAGACAUUUAAAGUUAAAUACUCCUGGGAAAGAGGUUCUGUUACCAGUAUCAUGAUAAAAACUCCUAAUAUGAAGGUUUUAGCUUAUUCUUGUAUAUUAUGAUGAUUUUAUCUGUUUACACAUGGCUCUGUUUAUUAUUUCCACAUGCAUGUGCAGCGAAGAACUGCUUGCUGCCCAUAGUUGCAAUGAAGAAGAGUUUACACAUCCUGGCACACAUAUAGGGUGCUGCAAUGAAGACAUGCUUAUAUACCCACUUUAUGAUUAUAAGGUUUUUAUCUGUGUUAAUUUAAUAUAAUGUGCUAAAAAGAGGAUGCCUAGAUAAUUUCCUACCUGGUUGUGUUUCAGCUCAAGACAAUUAGUCACUCACUCACAGUUUGCAGUUGAGUUGGCUGCUGUACAGAAAUUGGGACACAAUACAGGAAAACAUUCCCACCUGUGUUUUUAUUGGCAUUGUAAAAUGACGUCAAAAGGGGAAAUGUUAUAAUCAAGUUUCAAUUUGCUAACGUUAAAUUUGUACUUUUUCCCUGUCUGUUUUCUGUUCACUUCAGAUUCAGAUUUAUACUUUCCCACUAAUUUAAUGCAACUUACUGAAUGGUUUCAUUUAAUCAGAACAGUGUGGGGCCUAGCUUGAUAAGAAGGAGCCCGAUGAGCUACCAGGCUCUCUUGAUUGUGCUGGACAGGUCAACACACACACACAUAUUUCAUAGCACAUUUCAGUAGGACCACGUGAACAGUGGUUGGCCCGCUCACGUCAGAGAUAACUGGCGAAUAAGAUACCCGGAAAUGGGCACUUGUUGUGAUGGAGAUCCUAGGAGCUCCGUCAUCGCAAGUCCAGCACUGUAUUACUCUACUUGUGACCAUAUUAAAAGGUUUAUCUGAGACCUGAAGACUUCCCUGGUUGUCCUUGAGCAGUCCACUAAAGAACUGAUUCUUACAAUAAGCAGGAAUCUGAUUAAACCAUAAGGCUCUCUUUAAUUUGCUGGACAAGUCUGCUUCAUAAGUUACACGCCUCAAGGACAACAUUCACACAUAUUUUAAGAUCACGUGAACAGUGGUUGGCUUGUUCAUGUCAGAGAGCUGUAGGACUGGUAGGGAAUAGAAAUUUGUCCGUAAGAGGAAUAGGAAAAAUCAACAGUAUAACAAUAGUACCUCGGUGCGUUUGCUCCCUUGGUCCCAAUAAAUAGAACAAUCUGGUGCACACUGAGACCAAAAUGGAGAGAAUUAAAUCCACUGGUGAUGUCACUGACUCCUCAACCAAUAGUAUGGGCUCUUUGGUUAGUGAGCUGUCAGUGUGAUUGAGGACUGUCCCAGUUGGUCACACAGCCUCAAUGUUGUUCAUCUCCCACUUCUGACUGGUUUUACUGGUGUCACAGACUGAGAUGGACACUGUGUGGAGCAGAUCAGAGCGGUCCAGACAAUUUCCUGAGACAAAGAGACAACACACAGCUAUGAUACUACAAAGAUACACAAAUACGUUACUACAAAGACACACAGACACAUUAUUACAAAGAUAAAUUUGUACAUUACUACAAGGAAAAACUGAUACAUUACUAAAAAGAUACACAGAUACGUUACCUCAAAGAUACACAGUUAGGCCUACGUCACAACAAAGAUACACAGAUACAUUACUACAAGAAUGCACAGAUACAUUACUACAAAUAUACACAGACACAUCAAGAGGUGUAAUUGUAGUUGCAGUGCUGGUGCAAAGGUGAAGGCAAAGCUGAAGGCUAGAGAAUGGAGAUAAAAAAAAACUCUCUGCCCAACAAAAGCAAUAAUUGACGUGGUUCAAAAACAACUAAUUUGUUUUUUAACCACAUCUGUCUUGCUUGUAGAAUUUUUGAACCUGUGUUAGCCUUACAGUAUAUUGUUAGAACUAUGUGAAACUCUUUGGGUGAAAGUCCCGAGGUUGCGUUGUUGGUCUACCUUAGUGUAAACCUGUGAUUGUCCCUUACCCUACACAGCCACACUAAUAAAGUCUAAACAAACUGGUGAAAAAAGCUGGCUUUGUGGUUGGAAUCAAGUUGGACUCAGUGGAGGAUGUGUUGGAGCGAUGAACACUGAGGAAGGUGGAGGCUAUUAAAAACAUCAAUUAUCCACCUCACCCUUUGGAUCAAAUGGUGGUGGAUGACUCCUCUUCAUUGCAGGACAGAGACUCUAAAACUCUUUUGUACCCACAGCCAUCAGACUUUACAAUUCUAUAAACGAUAAGACUCCAGACAAAGGAAUUUCACAUUGGGGAUCGAUAAAGUAUUAGUGCUCGACAGAUAAAGAGCAUCAUAACAAGAUCAUACAUGUAUCAACUCAAGAAUUACAUUUCUACAAAUAUGCACAGUAACCCCCCUUUAGAGACAUGCAGAAACACUGCUGGACAGCUAGUCACAUUAUCUCAGUGCAACACAACGACACAGCAACAUGACUAAACAGUCAGCAACUUCCAUAGAGGCGUACAGUGUGGAGUUCAACUCCAAAAGCAUCAAUUCUACAUAUUGUGAAAACUACAGAGAUAUUCAGCACCAUCCCAGUUACUGUGCUUCAUGGUACCAUCAUCAUAGAGACACACAAACCUACAUGACAACAAUACUCUUAGAUACUCUUAGCUAAGAUACCAUUCAGCCAAAUCUCAACACAACCACACAACACAACCAGGUGUUCAACGUUUAAUAUUUACCUGUUGGCACAUGAGUGAACCGAUGCAGAUCCUGAACACGCAGACAAAAACAUACAGUUACUGUUAAGAAAUCAAUGUGUGUGUGUGUGUGUGUGUGUGUGUGUGUGUGUGUGUGUGUGUGUGUGUGUGUGUGUGUGUGUGUGUGUGUGUAUGUGUGUGUGUGUGUGCGUGUGUGUGUGUGUGCGCGUGUGUGUCACAUACCUUAAAAUACUUCCACUCAGUGUGUUGCUUGUGGUUACAGUGUGUGAUGAUCACCGUGUUAUUCGCUCCUUUGGCCAGACACUUAUUAUUCUGUAUCAGCUGGUUAUCUUCAUUGAUACGGAACAACUUUACACAAAUACACACACACACACACACACACACUUAAAAUGAGUAAGCUGUUUUUAGUCAGUAACAGUUGGCUCUUGCCUAGGGUUUAGCCUGCUGUUAGACCUGAUUAUUGAUGAUCAUGGUUAUCUAAAGACAGAUUGUUGACCAGCAGCUCCCUGUGGGUCAGUACCUGGUUGCCCCCCAUCCUGUGGCAGGGUCCAAUCUCCACAGUUCCCCCAUCAGUGUGUCCCAUACUGUCGAUACAGUAACUGGUCUCAUAGCCUCGGAUCUGUAGAGUCACAGUAUCACACAGCAUGAAUAAGGACACAGCAUGACGACAAACACUGAUAGACAGAGAAGGUAUGUGUGUGUGUGUGUGUCUGUUUGUGUCUGUGUGUACCCCUACCUCCCCCCACUCCACAUUCUUAGAAGGAAGAGGAUAGUGCAGAGGGAUGUCAUAAGCAAUCUCCUCCAUGAACCACUUGAAGCUCUUGCAGCGAUGCUUCUCCCUGCAGACAGAGAAACCGACAGAUCAAAUACAAUCAGCUGACCCGCUAACCCGCUGUUCAAACCAUGAUAACCAAUCAGCACUGAGAUACCCCAAUGGAGCAUGUCAACAACAGACCAGCAGAGAUUCAUUUGAGUGGAAAAUGGGGGAUUAACCGUAAAAACAAGAGUUCAGCUGAAGUAAAGGGAGUGAGAGGGUCUGCUUAUCUCAACAGAUCCUCACAAUGUUAUCAACCUCUACUAUCUUGAUAGUAGAGGAUAGUGGAGACUGACCCAACAUACAGGAACCUCUUCUCUCUCGCUCUUCUCUUGCAAUCACACGUGUGUUUUGGCACUCAGAUUCUGCCACUGUUAUUGUCAAAGACAUUAGAAGUCCCACCCCUCUUGAUUCUGAUUGGUCAGUGGUCAAGAAAAACUGAGGCACUGAGGGUGUUUUUUGCGCCGAAGACAUCCAGUACAAGAACGCUGAGCUGCAUUCAGUUUGAAUAGAAAAUAGUUGCUGCUAGCCCAAAAAGUCAACACAGCCCUGUACAGCUGAAUUAUCAGACACUGACAGGAUCUGGACUCAAUGAUCUACAUGGAGUGUUGUAGCUGAACUACCAUCACGCAGUCUGUUAGUCUGAGAUAAUCUGAACACAGUGACUCUUCAGGGAGGGUCCUCAGAGUGAUGACAGGUUUUCAAAGGUGUUCAAAAGUGUGACUCAGACAGAAUACAGAAUAAAUCUGUCUAGAAUCAAUGACUGUGGGUUACCUGAAGCGUUUGAGCUCACUGAUGUCUCCAUAGGCCAGUGUGAGAGUCUCAGGACGACUGGCGUAGAAAUAGUCCUUGUAUUCGUCCCACCACACCUCCACCACUCGCACAUAGUUCUGAUCAAACAAACAUGCAGGAUUAUAAACACAGUUUUAAACAUUCUGAUCACCUCAUCUAUAAUCCUUUCACUUUUUUUAAUGCUACUUUCAGAGCCAACAGUGCAGAAAGAGCCUGCCUUUGAGCUUAUAAAACUGAGGUGCCAAAUGAACCUCAUUUCUGAGUGGAUAAACAUGCCCAACGAUUAUUAACCUUCAUAUGCAAAUAAAAACUGAGUAAAUUUACUCUGUACGAUUCCUUUUGGGGUCUUUCUGGUCUUUAUUGACAGAGGAAAGGACAGUGGAUAGAGCCGGGAACAAGAGAGAGAGAGCAGUGAAUGAUAAACAGGGAAGGGGCCACAGGGGGGAAUCCUGUUACAAAUAAUCUGAACAGGUUUACACAUCAGUCCCACGCACUCUCAACCUCUUUCCACUAUUUGGGUCUACAUUCAAAUCAGGGCUCAUUUCUGUCAUUGGCAGGGUUCACACUUUAACUGUUAAACACUUAAUGUUUUAUCAACCUUAAGGCUUGAUCAGUUUGUAAAAGAUGAAACGUUGAUGGAAUGAUGGGUGUUUUGGGGUUGGAGCAUGGCUCUGCCUCCCUCUUGGAAAAGUCCAUGUCUGUGUGAAUUAACAAACAAUAUUUAACUGUAGUUAUAAUGCCACCUGCUGGCUAUGAGACAUCCUUUACACUUAAAAUUUUUCUUUGCAGGCCAAACACUGACUUCACAUAAGGGCAGAAACAUCUACAGAUCAUGUGUUUGUGCUAAAGAACCACUUUUUAUUUACAUGUGUCUCCUAAACUGAGACGUU